AUGACACAGAAAGGAUUUACUUUUAACAAACCCAGAGAGAUCAACCGAACAUAUGUACUCUCUGCAUGUAAAAACUAUUCAACACCACCGAAGCCAGAGACUAAAUUAGUACUGCAGAAGAGGAAGACAAUAACCAAGGAACCUCCUCAUGUGGAGACUGGUCCAGACAGGAAUGUUGGUGAUCUGGAUGUAACUGAAAAGCGUCUAACAUUACAGAGGAGAGUGAGAGCUGGAUCCACUGAAAAGGGAUCUGUAGAAAAUAUUCCAGAAGAUGUUUUAAAGCUAAAGAUCUCUGUGGAACAGCAGGAGACAAAAUCUGCUUUACUAAUCACCCAGGAAGUUCAAAUUAGCAAGGCUCCUGCAGACUCAAAAUUUGAUUCUAAAUUGAAAGUAUUGGACAAUUUCAUAGAAAAACCAUCUCAAGUGAAGUCAUCAGUGAAUGGGAUACAACUUCAAAAUCACUUAAAUGUUGAAAAAUCUGAAGAGAAUAGAAGACUGCAGGUCAUCAAGGGGGUUACAAUAGGAUCAAAGAGAAAUGAUGUCCCAAGCAGUCCACGAAAGGUGGGGCAAGAUGCUACAAAGAUACCUGUACUAAAAUGUGGCAGCCUGGACCGUCCAAAAACACCAAAGACUGAUACACCUGGAAUAAUCAGGUCCUCAUCGACUCGGGAUACUAGAAGUCAUUUGUUAACACCAAAGCGCCCAACAAGUACUCUGCCUAGUAUCCAAAGUAAAAAGCCAAGUAUGUUAAACCAAAUGGAAAAGACACAUGAAAUAAUCCGUCCUUCAGAGUCUCUGCGUGUUAAGGACGAAUCGGCUAGCUUUCAUCCUAAUAUACACAAUCAUGGCUCAUCAGAGGAAAACUGUGCAGUGACUGUGGCUGUUCGUGUUCGGCCCUUCAGUAAAAGGUAAGUGAAACAUUUCCAAUCUAUUUGCAUGAAUGUUUGCUCUAAGGGAGGGUUUGACAAAUUUGCUUGGAAUCUAGGAGCCAGUGUGUUUUUUUUUUCCUCUUCUUUCUUCAAUGAAGCUUAAUUUUCAACAACAAAAACACAAUUCUUAAAGGUACAUUAUAAUCACCAGAACCACUACCACUUAAUGUAGUAGUUUUAGUAUUUAUAGUCUGUUCCGGCAGGCUGUUAAGUGUUUACAUUGCUGCUUAGUAAGACCUCUAGUGACUGUUAUUUAGAUGGCCACUAAAGUGCUUUCUAUCUCAGUGCUGCAUAGUGUUCAGCACCUACAUUGUGUCUCCACGUUCUGCAUGGAGGCGCUGAAUGUUCCAUAUGGAGAUGCAAUGAUUCAGUGCAUCUCAAUGGGUCAAAGCUGAUCAGCACAGCAUUUUGCUGCGCGUGUGUAAUAGCGUCUCAAUGCUUUCCUAUGGGAAAGUAUUGAAUUGACUGAGCAUUAAGCUUAAGUGAGUAAAAACACCUUUUCCCAUGCGAUUGGAGGGGGCCAGUAAAAAAAAAAAAAAAAACACACACACACACACACACUUUUGUUUUAAUACUAUUUUAUUCCACCCAGCCUUCCUACCUUUUGGGAGAGCUGGAGUGGAUCAUUUCCCUUGGGUCCAGUGAGGAUCCUGUCCUUAAAGGGACACUAUAGGCACCCAGACCACUUUGGUUCAUUGAAGUGGAUUGGGUGCAGUGUCCUAGGUCCCUUUUAAUAAACUGCAAUAAUUAUUUUUUGAGGGUUAAGUCCACCUGGUAGACAGCCACUAGAGGGACUUCCGGGUCGUUAGGUGAUUUUUGGUUUACAUCAGGGUACGCAAAGGAGUAGAGCAGGACUAUUGCAGCUGGCCCGCUUCCACUGGAACAGGCUGACAAAACCCAGGUGCCAUUGCAAAAUUCCUAGUUGCGAUGGCGACCUGGUGCUUGGGAUUGUCAAGCCAUGCCCUAGGGACUUAUAUUUUACGAAGGUAACUGAUGUUUUCAUUGUGAUUCACAUUGCAAUUCCAUUUUAAACAUGCUUUUCUGAUGGUUGAUUAAUUGAUGCUAAUGUCUAACUUGCCUGCUUAUUUUUAGGGAAAUAAAUGAAAAUGCCAUGCAGGUGGUGUCUAUGAACGGACAAGAGACGUCUGUGCAACAUCCAGACUCCAAGCAGAAUCACAGCUUCCAAUAUGACUUCUCCUUCUGGUCUUCUGAAAAGUCUCACGCUAGCUAUGCUGGUCAAGAAUUUGUAUAUGAAAAGCUAGCUUUACCUUUGUUAGAAAGGUCUAUGCGGGGAUACAACACCUGUUUGUUUGCUUAUGGCCAGACUGGAUCAGGAAAAUCCUACACGUAUGUUUGUGUUUUUUUUUUUUUUUGUUUAUAUAUAGAAUAUGAAAUAUAUAUGUAUUUCAUUUUUUUUGUUUAUAUGCCGUAUUUUUCUCUACAUUCAAAUUCACUAAUGUAAUUAAGUUGUCUAGACACACCCUCUCUUUAAAGAAAGUUAGUUACUUAUUAGACCUAGUCUGAGUACAUACUUGGCUCAGCCAAUGAGAGAUCAUCCCCUUAGCACAGCUUUGAUUUAUCAUACAGAUAAGAAGACCAUGGUUGGCUGUAUGACAGUCAAGUCAGCAGCUCAGCUCACACUGAUUUCUCAUUGGAUUAGCAAAACGUUUUGCUAGUGGAGAAAACCACAGCAUGAUUAUGAGACCAAAAGAGAUCAAAUGAAGCUAAACUGUGUUGGUGCUCAGAUUGUUUCUUUAACCCCUUAAGGACCAAACUUCUGGAAUAAAAGGGAAUCAUGACAUGUCACACAUGUCAUGUGUCCUUAAGGGGUUAAAGGAAUAUUACACACACCUAAACCAUUUUAGCAUAAUAAGAGUGCUUCCAAAUUACCCAAUGUUGACAUAGUCUUUUCAGUUUACUACAGUUUAAUGUUUACUAAACUCGUGUGUUUUUGUAGAUAUUGGAUCACAAUACACCGAUAAUCCAGCAGGGUUAUUCAUUACACCUGGAAAUGAUCAAAGAACUACAAUUUCAGCUCAAAGUAGCCUAACUGACAAAUUUCUAUGAAAAAUUUGUAUUUCAUAAACAUAGAAUCUUUAUGAAAUACUCGUUUUUGAUUGUGAUGGAAUUUCACAGAAAUUCCAACACAGUCAAGGGAUAUCCAGAGAUAAAUUAGGGACUAUUUUGUCUCUAUAUUUCUCCACCUGACUUUCUAAGAAUCAGGGCGGAGUAUAAGUGUCAAUCCCGACAGCAGUCACCAGUAAUGGCUGCAGGGAAAUGGCUGUGUCUAUGGAAGAUCUCGCUGGAUCCUCCAUGGCCUUAAUUCUAUACUCUCGCUCAUGCACCUGUGAGUGACAGGGUCAGGUAACUAAAUCUUACCUUUACCUGAAACACUUCCAGCCACCGGACACCCAACAGUGAUGCCAUCGUCAGGGGUCUUUGCAAAUUCGGCAAAGUCUCUAGACGGUGUCAGUGCCGCUUUAAAGGGAAGCUCUGGGGUGUUUAACAAGACAUCCCCAUUGUCCCAAUUUAUAAACGUGCUGGUUUAAAAAAAAGAUAUAAAAUUAAAAUCUGCGCUUUUAUGACUGCGCUCACCCAUCCCUCUGUCUUGCUUAAUAGCAUGCAUUGUUCUACUUGAAUGAUCGUUCAAGUGGAAGUGCAAGCUUUGAUAGGAAUGACAGAAUACUUAUUUUAUAGCAAGUUGUUGUGUAAGGGAUAAAUGUAAGGAAAUAACCCAUGGCUUAUUGCUUUUCUGUUGGUUUUUUAGUAUGAUGGGUUUUGAUGAAGAACCAGGUAUUAUUCCAAGGUUUUGUGCUGAUCUAUUUUCUCGGAUUGACAAGCACCUAAAACAAUCGGUAAGAUCACCCAUUUGCUGAGCUUUUAAAUACUACCUCGGACUGAUGUGAUAUUUUAUUUGUAUAUAAAAAAUGCUUUACCGGGAAAGAUACGUUGAGAUUUCUCUAGUCUUUAAGUAUGUCCUGGUGAUUGUAAUAACUUCAAAACCAACCUCUUCCAAAUUGACCCACGUCAACACCUGACUGAAAGGCAAACUUAAAGGGUUACUCCAAGCACCAUGACCACUUGAGUAAUUUGAAGUGGUGCUGCAAAUACAUAAAUAUUUAUGCUAGUUGCAAGAGGGGUAACUCCACCUUCAGCAGUGUGAUUAGCAAGCCCGGAACAAUAGUUGAAAGCUGGCUAUUGUAAAUGUUGUGCAUAUACCAUGCACAGACUGAGCUGACACUCUAAGCCAAUGAAUAACAGGCAGGAUCAACAUCCGACUUCUGCAUAUACUGGGGAACGGCAUUCGGAUACUCCUAGUAUCAUAAACAUUUUAUUUAUUAUGACACCCGGAGUAUCCCUUUUUAACUUGGUAAUAGUGAGUUAAAAGGCUCUGAGUCUUUGCAGUUACUCCCUAUCAAUUAUUUAUUUAUGUUCAUUCUUCUAUGAAUAAAAAUAUCAAUAUGGAUUUUUAAAGUAUUUUAUGUCUGGUUCAAGCCACAGUAAAUUUGUAAAUCUUACAAUGCCAAAUAGUUUGUUUUGUGUCCUGAGCUUUUCACCAGAACAGAGGAAAAGCAGGACAUUACAAAUCUGGACAAUAUAGGAUAAAGAGAAAUAUACCAAAUAUCACUCAAACUGCAUACUUGUAGUCAUUGUAUCAUGUUUUGCAUUCAAAUGUUGAAAAUACAACAGUUUUACUUACCUUUUUGUGUUCUCUGUGGCCACCACUCUGCCCCAGCUUUGUUAGUCAUUACUGACUCUCUCAGCCAAUCAACAUCUCCUUAUAAGAUGCUUUAAAAAAAUGCAUUUGCAUGGAGAGUGUUUGGUGUCUGUCUGCUGAACAUUGACCCUGUAAAGAUUGCAGGACUGUGACAGCCACUAGAAAUGUCCUUAGGCAGUCUCUUUGCACCAGAACAGCUGCAUUAAACCAGGGCUAAACAAAAUUUCUUUCAAUCAAGGAGCCAGCUAAACAUUUUAGGAGCCAGUUUUUUUCAUCAUGAAAAAUACAAUUCUUAAAGGGACUCUAUAGUCACCAGAAACACUACCACUUAAUCUAUAACCUGUCCCUGUAGGUUUUUCAAUGUAAGCUUUGCUUUUUCAGAGAAAAGGCAGUGUUUACCUUGCUGCCUAGUAACACCUCGUGUGGCAGUUACUCAAACUACAUUCAGCAUGGAGACAGCGCUGAACGUUCCCCAUAGAGUUGCAUUGCUUUAAUGCUUCACUAUGAGAUGUUGAUUGGUAAUUGAUAAUCUCAGGUAUGGAGGUGGGCCAGCUGCCUUGAGACUGGCACGGUGUUGGAAAACAGGGGAGUAAAAACACCAUUCCCAUGCGAUUGGAAGACACACACAAACACACUGACACACAUCCUCUCACACACUGACAAGAUAUUUAUUAUUUGAUGCACACAGACAAAUACACACACAUGACAGAUAUACACCCAGAAUAAAAUAAAUAACUGAAAUAGAUAUUUUUAGAUACUCUCCUGUUUUCUACCUUUUGGGCGCAGGAAAGUGGCUUCCCUGGGGUCCAGUGGGACUGAGCAGAGUAGCAGACAUUAGAUUGGUGGUGCUGGCUGCGGCUAAUAGGAGUGGGCUGCUGCUGGUCAAGACUCCUGUCUUCCACCUGUCUCGAUAUCACAUGCAGCUUAUUGUGCGCCGGGAGGAAGUUAAGGGAUCUGCAAUUACUUCCUCCCGGUGCUGUAGCAGCGCAGGGGAACGAAUGUGCGAUCGGGUCUGUGAAAUGUGUGCGGGCAUUGGGUCUGUGAAAUGGGGGCAGGUGGCGAGCAGAGGCGGUUACCUGCACACAGAGAGCUAUGUGGGGAUUGAAAUAAAAUGUUUGUUUUUGUAUCAACCCAUUCUUUAGACCUCCUUUCAUUUGGAAAUGAGCUACUUUGAAGUGUACAAUGAGAAGAUACAUGACUUGCUAGCUUUUAAAGCAGACAAUGGACAGACUAAGCAGGCGGUAAGAAUUGGAAUCCCAGAUAUGUGUUAUGGUAUGAAAAUUUGCUUGUAUUGCAUUUAUCCAAGAUGCAAUAAUGUAUACCCAGGGCAUUUGGGACAUUUUGUAAAAUAAAAAUAGGAAUUCAAAGGAAAAAAGGCUUAUUUUACAAAGUGUAAGUCCGCAAAUGAUAUUAUAAACGUAGUCUAUGAAAUGAUCUUUUCACCUAUACAUUGUACGUGCAAUCUAGCCAGCAAAGGUACUGAUUAAAAGCUAUGCUUCCUUGUCUUUUUGCUUCCUGAUAAGCACACUGGGAUGUGUGAGAAUGCUUCCACACUUCUCUGGAACAUGGCAAUCAUGAAGCAUUCUGAGAUUAUGUGCUAGAUGUUGUUUGUGUAUAAAGUGAGGGGGAAAAAAAGUAUUUGAUCCCCUGCUGAUUUUGAACGUUUGUCCACUGACAAAGAAAUGAUCAGUCUAUAAUUUUAAUGGUAGGUGUAUUUUAACAGUGAGAGAAAGAAUAACCAAAAAUAAAUCCAGAAAACCGCAUGUCAAAAGAGUUGUUUUACUUAUUGACAUGCAAAUCAAUUUAUAAGUAUUUGAUCCCAUAUCAAUCAGCAAGAUUUCUGUCUCCCUGGGGUCAAAAUCACUCCUGAGAAGUGUGCAAGCCUGGUGGCCAACAAGAAACAUCUGACCUGAAUGAUUUGUAACAAUGCUUUUGCCACCAAGUGCUAAGUCGAAGGGGUCAAAUACUUAUUUCACUCAUUGACAUGCAAAUCAAUUUCUAACUUUUGACUUGCAUUUUUCUGGAUUUUAAAAAAAAUAAAAAAAUUUUUUUUUUUUUUGUUCUGUCUCUCACUGGUAAAAUACACCUACCAUUAAAAUUAUAGGCUGAUCAUUUUUUAUUUUUUAUUUUUUCCCUCACUAUGUAUUAAAGAGGUUCACAGACUUCGAUCUUGUGUCGUAUCUCUACAUCUAAUUGGUACAUCAUAUUAGACAGGUGGUUUUUAAUGUUGUGGCUGGUCAGUGUAGUGGGCUUUGUAGUUAUAGUACUUAGCAUUCCCCUUUACUGUGUAGCAUGGUUUGCAUUAUCAAUAUGAAUGUUGACAUUGAUUGUUUGCUCUGGCAGAUGAAGUUACCAGAAUUCAUGUGAACUCUUUCCCCUUCCAUAUUGUGCAUUCUUGAUUACUAGGCAUGAGAGUUAAGAAGGCAGCCAACUUUACUGUUUGAACGUUAGAGCACCUUUGGAAUAUAACACAUGCCGUUUGGAUAGUUAAAGGGAUACUAUAGUCACCUGAACAACUUUAGCUUAAUGAAGCAGUUUUGGUGUAUAGAACAUGCCCCAUGCAGCCUCACUUCUCAAUCCUCUGCCAUUUAGGAGUUAAAUCCCUUUGUUUAUAAACCCUAGUCAUACCUCCUUGCAUGUGACUUGCACAGCCUUCCAUAAACACUUCCUGUAAAGAGAGCCCUAUUUAGGCUUUCUUUAUUGCAAGUUCUGUUUAAUUGAGAUUUUCUUAUCCCCUGCUAUGUUAAUAGCUUGCUAGACCCUGCAAGAGCCUCCUGUAUGUGAUUAAAGUUCAAUUUAGAGAUUGAGAUACAAUUGUUUAAGGUAAAUUACAUGUGUUUGAAAGUGAAACCAGUUUUUUUUUUUGUUUGUUUUUCAUGCAGGCUCUGUCAAUCAUAGGUGUGGCUAGGGCUGCAUAAACAGAAACAAAGUGAUUUAACUCCUAAAUGACAGUGAAAUUGCAGGGGAAUGAUCUAUACACUAAACUGCUUUAUUUAGCUAAAGUAAUUUAGGUGACUAUAGUGUUCCUUUAAAGGGACACUCCACUGCCUAAACCAAUAAUAAUAAAAAACAGAUUAGUAGAUAUAUCUCCAAUGAAAAAAUGCAUGCAUUUAAUUUGAGGAUAUAUCUGAAGCAGCUUGUCUGCUGCCUUUGCAAGUUCUCCUUCCCCUGCCCAGGCUUUCUGUGGCUGUCCACAGACUUUCCAAUGUAGCUCAAUGAUAAGUCUUUGUGAGGCAGGUGGUCUGGGCAAUUGCUGCCUCUUGAGUUUAGCUCCACUGAGCUAACCAAACCAAGUAGUAAAAGGACUGGUUGUCUGUAAAAGCACAUUUAACAGUUGCCUGUUUAAAGUACAUCCUGGGGCAUAAAGAAUAGAGCAGAGUAGUUACCACUAGGGCAACUACUGCUGGUAAACUGGUUACUAUCUGAACUUGUUAUUGUUUCCCUUUUGUCAGCUCCGAGUCAGGGAACAUCCACUUCAUGGACCUUAUGUGGAAGAUCUCUCAACGUAAGUCAACGUAAUCUUGUCAUCACUAUUCAGAUAUUGAUAGCGUUUCAUCUUGGUGAAUUUGUAUUUUUCAUUUCAUAAUGUAUAUAUUAUUUAUUUUUUAUUUUUUUUAGAAAUGUAGUGUCAUCCUUUCAAGAUAUUCAGGUAAUUAAUAGCUGCUCUCCCUUACCUUCUUGUUUUUUAGACUACCUUUCCAACUUGGUUAAUUUCUAUGUUUGUUGUUAACUCACCCCAACUUAUACCAAAAAUAAACCUUUUUAUUUUUCUACUUGAAAUGUUAUCUGGUUAUUGCUAUUUGUUGUUAAUCCUUUAUGUCGUGUAAGGAGUAAUGUUGAAAAAGUGGUGAGAUGGAGAGACUUUCAUAUUGGUAGUUUGUUUCUAAUUAUCCUGUAGAGUUGGCUGGAGUUGGGGAACAAACAGAGAGCUACAGCUGCCACAGGAAUGAAUGACAAAAGCUCAAGGUCUCACUCUGUAUUUACACUCACAGUGACUCAGUCCAAGGUAAGAUCUGCAAGAAUCUUUACUAUAGAUAAUCUAGAUAAUUGAAAUUUUUUUAAUUUAUUUUUUUGACACAGUAUUACUUGUAGGUGUGGUAUGGCAGGCAUUGCGGCUAUCCGUUUUUAGAGCACUUCCAUUCAUGUAAUUAGUGGAACUGCUUGUUGAUGAUAAACCACUUAUCCCAUAAAUGUCUUGCCGGACUGAUGUUUAUGUGAUAAGAUUCAGACUGAAUAGACCAUGAGAAUUCCCUGAUCACAUGUUUCUACUCAUUGUGGGUAGGAUCUAAACAAUAAGCAGUGAUUUUUUUCAUAGUAUGUUUUAAGGUGUAUACUUUAUAAAUGUGUGUUGUGUUUUUUUUUACACAUUAUCUAUAUACUUAAGGGUAAACAUAAGGGUCUCAGUUGCACCUUAAUCCAUUAAAUGUAAUGGAACACCCCAAAUGUUUUAAAGAACUUAAGCUUGCUGAAGUGCUUUAAGGAUUAAGAGUGUUUCCUUUUUCGCAUUUGUAUAAAAAAAAAAAAAACCCCAAAACAAAGCUCUGCCCUUUUUGUAAAGGCACUAAGGUGCACUCUUCCAACAGUCAUACAGUGUUGUGCCCUAACACCGCAGAAAGCAAUGGUUCUUUAUGAAAAGCAUUGCUGGCACAGCAUGGUGAUUGUUAUGCAUAUGUCACUGCCUUAACUGUUAAGUAGAUUGUGGGUUUGUUUUUUUUCCGCAUCCUUCCCUUUUUUUGAAGUGGUCUCUAUUUUUGAGAGCUACAUUGUGAAAUAAAUUUUUCUCUACAGACUGAGAGUGUUGCAGGAGAAGAACAUGAUUAUCGUAUUACUAGUAGAAUUAACCUUGUGGAUCUUGCGGGAAGUGAGAGGUGUGUUUCUGCGCAGACAAGUGGAGAGCGACUCAAGGUGGGCCUCUUUAAUGUUUCUUCAAGAUUUUGCAUUCUGUGAAUUUUCUUAGUUGUAGAUCACUGGCUCUGUAAACCAUUCUUAAAGAGGAAAUGUCACUCUUCACUAGUAAUGUGUAUAUUUGAAUUCACCACAAAUGUAUUACCCCAUGACUUUCCCUAAAUGUUGCAAGACUUGAAGAGAUCCAUGUUUAACUUUGCCAUAUCAGCCGUCAAACUCACAACAUUAAUGACUGUAAAAAAAGUUGCCUUUGUGGGUUUUUCAUUUGCAUCUCAGUUUAAAUGUUCUAGACACAGAUUACCUGUGUAGAUUAAACCAAUUGUAUUACCACCCACCACCAGGCUGGCUGGCAAUCAUUUUGGGGAGCAGCAUUUAGGGGAAACUCAUGUGCAGCGUAGUCCUGAAGGACUCUCGCAAGGAUAAAAAGCACAUCUACUACUGUGCUCUGCUGAUGGUGGACAAUUCCCUGGUGUCCACAGAUGUAGGACACUAGAAAGCUAACCUAGAACCAGGACCGCUAAGAGGUAUGCCCUAGUGUGUGUGUAAAUCUAGUAAUAAACAUUGUUUUCAAUUAUUUGUUAUGAAAUUAUGACUUAACUUCACAUUAAUAGUUGAUUCUCUACUUAUACUUACAGGAGGGUGUGAGUAUCAACAAGUCCUUACUGACAUUGGGUAAAGUGAUAUCUGCUCUCUCUGAAAACUCCCAGACGCGAAAGAAAGUUUUUAUACCAUACCGGGAAUCUGUAUUGACCUGGUAAGUUAGUCAGGACUUCUGAUUCAUUCAAAUGUAUUCAUUCAAAUCUCGUUUGAACAGUGAUUAGAAAUAUUAAACACAAUGGACUUAUAGAAUUUAUCUUACUCCGUUACUAUAUAACAGUUUUUCGAUCUUCUAAACAUUUUCCAUUUAUCUUCUCAAAGGUUGUUGAAAGAUAGUCUUGGGGGGAAUUCCAAAACUACAAUGAUUGCCACAAUCAGCCCUGCACUGAGUAAUAUCGAGGAGACGUUAAGCACGUUACGGUAUGCGAAACAGGCUCGUCUCAUCAUUAAUGUUGCCAAGGUGAAUGAGGACAUGAACACCAAACUUAUUAGAGGUGAGUCCCAUGAUUAGGAGUUGGUAAAGCAUUGCAGACUAGAACAUGUAAUGGCAGCAUCUCUAGAGAAGUCUUGACAAUGAGAGUUGGUAAGAAGGAAGAAGGAAAACGUCUUUCUUCAUCUGAAUAGAGGGGCUAUUAUGGGAGGCGUUCAUUACUAAGAGAAGACCUAUCCGUAGGGAAUUUAAAACCUUUUUAGGUUAAAACUAAUACUUUUAGUUAAUGGAUACAAGUCUCCAAUGGGUGUUUGAAGUGUGCAAUGUUUUAUAAUUAAUAUGAUUUGUACGAGUAAAUAUUUUUUUGACUUUACAUACUUUAUUUGUCUGUGUCCUAUAAUCCUUAAUUCAUUAUUAUUGAAGUGAAUGAACAGUCUACUAAACUAUUAAAUGGGACUCUCCGAGCACCAUAGCCACUACAGCACAUUGUAGUCAUUAUGGUGCCUGGAGUGCUCCUGCACCUUCCAAGGGAAAGUAGUCAAACUGUUUGAGAAUGGUUUGACAAUUUACCUGGGAUCUGAUGGAUGCCUGUCGCUUACUCCUGUGUAGCUGGAAGCUCCUGCAAAGAGCUUCUGUUAGCUCCACUGACCUAAAAAGUGUAGUGCUUAUUGGCUGAAAGAAUAAGAUGAACUGUCUCAGCCAAAGAGCUAAGCCCUGCACUUCCAUGCUUAGCUGAAUUCUAGGAGAUUCUGGUGCACAGGGGGAGGCAACUAGAAUCUACCAGAUCACAAGUAAAUUGCCAAACCAUUCUCAAAUGGUUGUCAGUCUUGCUGUGAGAGGGCAACUGGGCACUUCUGGCACCAUAACAAGUACAGCACGCUGUAGUGGUUUGGAGUGUUCCUUUAAGGGCCAAUGCAUGCUGGCAUCCCAAUCUGGCUCCCUACGUACUGUCGUUGGCAUAGAAUAUCCUGCAUAUUUAUCAUUGCCUGUUUUUGGUAAAUGAGCAAAAUUGUCACUUGCGAAAUGUGGUGGCAAUGAACAGACAUCGAAGUCUGCCAUUGGUCUUAAGGAUAAACUGUAGGCAGUGACUGUCUGAACCAUGUUUGAAAGCACAGUUUCUCUUUUCUAUAUAUUCUUCAUUCUUUCAUUCAGAACUUAAAUUGGAGAUUGAAAAACUGAGGGCAUCACAAAUUUCUGGAAAUAACGUAAAUUCAGAAAAAUACAAGCGCUGUCAACAGGAAAUCUUUUCUCUGAAACUUAGAGAGAGGCAACUAGAAAGGGAGAUGUGUGAACUGCAAAGGUGAGCAGUGAGAAAUGUCAUUACUGUUGUUCAUCUGUUUUUUUUUAUUUUUUUUCCCCUCUGAAUAAAGUGCACCCCAACAGUGUGCUAUGAAUGCAGUGGAAAUGCUGGGUAAGGAAUAACACUAAUUUUAUAUACGUGAUUAUCUCCCUGGGGGAACGCAUACUGGUGUAGUCAAAAGGCAGACCCCAAUUUCUAAUUUCCAGGUUCUGAAGCUAAGAAAAUGUAAGAUUUUAGGCAUUUAGGAAAAUAAUUUUGUAAAAUGAACAAGUAUAUAAUAUGCGUUUUGCAACCUAAACGGAAUAUUUAAGGCUUGAAGUUUUACUUUAGAUGGAGCUUUGCCUUUUUGGCCAUUUGCGAUCUACUUUACUAGUAUUUUAGUUUCAGAUAUUUAAAUCUCCAUGAAUGGUUUUCAACAAAACUUAUCUAAAUAAAUCUGAAACAAAUGUAUUUAUUUUAGUGAUGCUGGUAUCACCAUGACUUUGUCUGUAAUUAAACUGUCAACCGCUUUCCCUCCCCGCGCCCUGAUUCCUCUCCUACAACUGUCAUCAAAACAUACAGUCCUCAGUGAAUACUAUCCUAGCAAUGUACCUUUCUACCCUAACCUUACCUUUGUGUCAUUUUACCCCACUCCCUCUAGCAUGUAAGCUUAUUGAGCAGGGCCCUCAACCCCUCUGUUCCUGUGUGUCCAACAUGUCUAGUUUAUAAAUACGUGUCUGUUAGUCCACCCAUUGCCCAGCAUUGUGGAAUUUGUUGGCGCUUUAUAAAUCAUAAUAAUGUCCUUUCUUUUCUUUAAUGUGGUAUAAGGGCCUGGAAGGACAAACUUGAGCAAGCUGAAGAGAGAAAGAAAGUUGAGAUGAAGGAGCUACAGGUGUGUUAACUGCUUUAGUAAACAUUCCACUUCACUUUGCUCUCUGUGCUCUUUGACUUGGUGACCGAAAUUUCCUCAGUUUGAUACAUGCAUUUUUUUUUCCCUGUUAUUUUUUUGGGGGAUUUAUCUUCCUAAAUGUAUACUGGGGUAUAAAGAAGCCUGGGAACAAAUAUAACUCCAAUACAUUACACCACCCCAACCUGCAUACAAGUUUGUUGUUCCAUUAUAUAAACAGAAUAGUAUAAAAUAAGGACAGUAAGGGGCGCGGGGCCUGGCCAUCAUGGUGUACAUAUGCACAUUGUGUGUGCUCCUCAAACAAUGCAUGGAAACAUUGAAUUUCUGGUGGAAUUUUACACUGACAAGCAACCCUGAUAAACAACUAACCUGUUCCUGUCCGUUGAGAAGCCUUUUGGAGCAAGUUUGAAGCCCCACUCCAUAGCCGGAGGCCAGAAAUCGGUUUGCGGCCUAACCGUCUGGAGUGUUCCAUGGAAGGGAGAAACUGCCGAUCUCCUGGUCUGGAGCUACCAGCAUUCGUGACAUCUGCAGCUGCAUAACAGCCCUGUUUCCCCUCCCUCUGAACCAGUGGGGGUUAUUCCGGUCCCCACCAAGAAAAAAGCUACAGUGAUUUCAGAGGCUGUUGCUCACUUCGACAGUGCAAGACCUCGUGGCAUAAUCAAGAUAGCCACCACAUUGACAAAACCUUCAAAACCACUAUGGGAAGUUCCAGGUGGCCUUUGAUGCAGCCUUUUGGAACUGGGUCGAGUCCCGCCAGAAAACACGAAUGCUCAUUUCGUCCAUGGACACAGAGGUUCCCAGUGGCAUCCCGGCGUGCUGCUCUCCUUCAGGGCUGAGAGCGAAGAUGGCCACUGCACACAUCCGCAACCCGCAGCUCUGUGAAACUGCCUGCACAAUUAGAGUCCCAAAAGAUUUUCUUCCCACCGCGGGAGAUGGCAGGGUUCAUAAUCCACAGGCUCAUACUCCAUCCUGGGCUCGGGGAGCGUUGACACUGGUGUCUCGAUGUAUUGAUCCUCGUAGUGUGAGAGGCCCCCUUGUGCGGAUAGGAGGUGGUGCUCAUUUCACAAUGGAAUACUAACUUAAAGACGUAAAGUACAAGUAAAUAGAGACCUGGUGAUAUAAAUUUAUGAUAAAUCAAACUAUUUUCUUAGGUAUCAACACUCAGUUCACAUAACCUAUAACAUUAAUGUACAUGUAAUGCAUAUUUGGAAAUCUUGUGUAAUUUUUUUUUAUUUCUUUUAAUCUCUUGCAUAUAGAAAGCUGGAAUCACUUUUAAGAUGGACAAUCGAUUGCCAAAUCUGGUUAACCUCAAUGAAGACCCUCAGUUGUCAGAGAUGCUAUUGUAUAUGAUAAAGGAAGGUCAAACCACAGUGGGCAAAUACAGAGAGGGAUCAGCUCAUGAUAUCCAGCUCUCUGGGGCUCUCAUUGCAGAUAAUCACUGGUACGUUCUGGCAUGAGUCCUGAUAACCCGCAGCUCUGUGGGACUGCCUGCAGAGUGAGAGUCCGGAAAGAUGUCCAUCCGACUGCGGGAGACGACGGGGUUCGUGAUUGGAUCCUUUUUGUGCAUGUUGCGUGUGGGAUGGAUAUCUAGGGAAUAGAACGCCUUGAUCAGCAAUUUCCUGGUUUAUUAUUCUAGAAAUAAAAAGAUGACCUUUUAACGAAUUAGUAGUGGAAGUGUUGUAAGUCACAUGCCUUAUCACUUAUUUAUUAUUUAUGUUUUUACAGCAUGAUCACAAAUAUAGAAAACACAGUGAGUUUAACACCUUCUGCAAAUGCGAAAACCUUUGUUAAUGGUAACGAGAUUUCUGAGUCAACUAUCCUACACCAUGUGAGUUUAAAAGUGUAUUGUUUUCCUGGCAAUUACAGAAGCAGCACGUCCUGUAUCGUGGUGUCUCCUUAUUGUGUUAUUUGUUUGUUUGCUUUUGGUAAUGUGUUAUCUACCUUAUUUUAUUUUGGGGACUCAAUUCAAGUGACUAUACAUUCGGUUUGUCGGAGUACAUUGUCAGAAAGCUUGGCAAUUAAAAUAAAGUUUCAAUGAAAGUAGAUCAUCACUGCAUAGAGUUAACGUUAUUGAAUUUGAUCGAGUAAUGCAUUUAGGGGAAAAAUUAUCAGAUUGAGCAGAGUCAAUGUGGUUGUAUAGUAAGUAACAUCUGGACGAGAGAGAGCAUCACUAAAUGACAAGAAAUGAAAUUUAAAAAAAAAAUGGUAGAAAAGAAAAUUAUACAUUUUAAAUCUUUAAAUCAAUCAUGAAACAUGAGCAUCUAUAACUAGACAUAAAACCCAACCUACAAAUAUAUACCCAUUGUAAUGAAUCAAGAGCAUGUCUGAUUCUUUUGUGCAGAACUUUUGGUUCUAUAAAUAAAACGCACAAGAAUCAGUAUCUGUAGUUAGAGCUGUGUAUAUUUUGAUUGAGUAUUUGAUAAAACUGUGCCAGGCAUGGCCGCAAGCCUCCCCAGUUGUUGUACUCGUACAACGUCUAUGACACAUUGCUGUGCUGGUCUACGGAAAGUUCACCAAUUUUCUUUUGUUAAGAUUACAGAUCACCACUUAACAGGGAUGUUUUAUUUAUUUUAACAGGGUGAUCGUGUGAUCCUAGGAGGAGAUCAUUAUUUUAGGUUCAAUCAUCCAGUGGAAGUUCAAAUGCUAAAAGCUGCAUCAACCACAACGUCUGAGGGACCUAAAGACUUUGAGUUUGCAAAGAAUGAGCUGGUGACUGCACAGAGGUCAAAGUAAGUGAUUGCCCUCCUCUCUGACACAGCACUUGCCCAAAUACAAGUAAAAUUUGAUGGCAGUGGUGACCAGUCUAGACCACAAGGUGGCGACACAAGCCCUCUGACAUAAAUGGAGAAUUCAUUUAUCUUCUCCUCCUCUGUUAUCCAGGUUGGAAGAGGAAAUUGAAGAAGCACGCUUAAGAGCCAAAGAAGAGAUGAUGAGAGAAAUUCAGAUUGCAAAAGAAAUGGCCCAACAGGAGCUAACUUCCCAGAGGUCAGCCUAUGAAGACAAGAUUAGAUCCCUGGAGUCUGAGCUGGUGGGUUUUUCUUUCCUUUUUCUUUGCAAGUGGAAGGGACACGCUGGGCUGCAGUCGAUCCAAUAUUUUUUACUGCCUUAUAUAGUUGGUACAUUACAAUAAAGUUGAUGGAAAAGCUAUUACAUUUUGUACUGUAGAAAAAUGACAACUUACCGUAUAUACUCGAGUAUAAGCCGACCCGAAUAUAAGCCGAGGCCCCUAAUUUUACCCCAAAAAAUGGGAAAACGUAUUGACUCGAGUAUAAGACUAGGGUGGGAAAUGAAGCAGCUACGGGUAAAUUUCUAAAUAAAAUUAGAUCCUAAAAAAAUUAUAUUGAAUAUUUAUUUACAGUGUGUAUAUGAUGAAUGCAGUGUGUGUGUGUGUGUGUAUGAAUGCAGUGUGUGUAUGAAUGCAGUGUGUGUGUAUGAAUGCAGUGUGUGUGUGUGUGUGCAGUGUGUGUGUGUGUGUGUGAGUGCAGUGUGUGUGUGUGUGUGAGUGCAGUGUGUGUUUGUGUUGCAGAGCCUUGGUGGAGGGGGGGGCAUUUUUAUAAAAAAAAAUUAAUAUUUAAUUUUUUUUUUGUUAUAUUAUUUUUUUAUUAUUAUUUAUAUUUUUAUAUUAUUUAUUUAUUUUUCGUCCCCCCCCCCUCCCUGCUUGAUGCAUGGCAGGGAGGGGGGCUCUCCUUCCCUGGUGGUCCAGUGGCAUUGGCAGUUCAGUGGGGGGAGGAGGGGGGCUGGCAGAGCUGUUACUUACCUCUCCUGCAGCUCCUGUCAGCUCUCUCCUCCUCCGCGCCGGUCCGUGCAGCUCCUCUGUCAGCUCACACUGUAAGUCUCGCGAGAGCCGCACUAUGACCCCGCGGCUCUCGCGAGACUUACACUGGGAGCUGACCGAGGUGCUGACCGGACCGGCGCGGAGGAGGAGAGAGCUGACAGGAGCUGCAGGAGAGGUAAGCGCUCGCUGCCAGCCCCCAGUCUGUAUUAUGGCAAUGUAAAUUGCCAUAAUACAGACACUGACUCGAGUAUAAGCCGAGUUGGGGUUUUUCAGCACAAAAAAUGUGCUGAAAAACUCGGCUUAUACUCGAGUAUAUACGGUAACUAAAACUUGCCUAUGUUCACAAUAUAUGGCAGAGUAAAGGAUUUUCUUUUGACGUAUUUAAAGUUGUAAAAUUAUGGCUGCCGUGACCUUUGCAGAUAAUAGACUAAUUGCAGGAAUAGUGACUUCCUUGUACCAUAACCUUUACAAGUAACAUAAGUUGUUAUAGUGCGUGGUGUGUUCCUUUAAAGGGUACCUGUCAUGCCCCAAACAACUUAUGUUCGUUAGAUUGAGCAUACGAUUUUAUCUUUAUAGUGUGCUAGCAGUUUUGUUGGCAAAUGCAUGGAUUAGGAUAAAAACUCUAUAUAAAAAUAUUUUUUUUUCCACCAGAUGUCAGUCAAUGCAUCAGCGUUCCGAGGCAUUGUCUGACAAGGGAGAGCAGACCUCCAACAGGAGAUCCCUCUGCUCUCCUCCCAUAGCAACCGUGGCACAUGUUCUGCUCUUCCUAUGGAAACUCCUUAGCCAGUGCUUCUAGCUAGCUGUGGAGCAGAGGAACAAAGUGACGUGACUUUAUAUUUUACAUUGGAUACAUCGUGUAGAUUUGUGAUGAUGUAUGGAAUAUUCAAUGUAUAUGGGAGUGAUUAAAGUAAACAUGUGAAAAAAAUUUACUUUAAAUUUGUUUUAGUCUUCCGUGAUCAGGGCCAUCUGCAUUUUUUUUUCUUUAGAAAUCUUCAGUUUGAAUAGUUUGUAAUAAUUUCAGCAACAGUAUCUCUAACGUUUGUCUUAAUUGUGCUAUAAAAGCAUUUCUUAAAAGGAAAUGUAUUUAUUUUUUGCUGCUUUGUGGUCACAUCUAAUAGUGUCCCUGUAGGUGAAUGGUGUGAGGAGCUUAACAGAAGAAUUCCACAUUUACAUAGAUAAAAUAAAUUGUGGGACACAUGACAGAAGAUGCAUCUCCUAUACAGUGGUGCACCUUUAAUAUAAGAAGUUAUGCAAAAUCCACAUUAAGGGUCUCCUUGUGUUGAGCACCCUACCCCUCCACUUACAGAUGCCCAAUUCGAAGUGACUGCAGGAGAGCAUGAAUUUAAGAAGUAUCUAUAAGCAGUAAGUAUUUUAGCUAGCAUCUUUUGUCUCAAGAUUAAUGUAGAACCCACUGAUAUUGGAAGGCUUGUAAGUACUGGUAGGCUUAGACGGGGUAUGGCCAUCUGGUAUGUAUAAAUCCUAUAGUUAUUUGCUAGAAACUGGUAUAUUUAAGUAAACUACUUCCAUUUAUGUGUAUUUUGUAUAUUUCUAUUAUCAAGUUCAGUGGUACUGUGGGCUUUGUAAGGAUGAAUGGAUUGAAUUGAUCUCCCCAUUUUCCCCAUGUGGGCAGAGACAGGUUAUUAGACUUUUUGACCUAAUAUAUUUUGUUGCAUUGCUCGAACAGAUGGAAGAAAGCCGUAAAAAACAGUUGCAUGCAGUGAACACUCAGAAAGCAGCUAGUCGUAUCCAGGAGCUGGAGGAAGUAAAGAUAAAUCUUCAACACGAGGUCCAUAUGAGUAGAAGACGACUGGAAAUGGAGACCAUAACAGCUAGACAGGUAGAUCUUUACAUUCCCUCAUGAUCUGUGACUUACAUAAAGUGGCAAAGUGCUCAAAGUUGGCAUUUUCUCGCUACAAAAAUUAUAUUGUCUCUUCCUGUCCCAGUGAUGGAAUUCAUACUACAAAUUAUAUUUUAUGGAUGACAUUCCAUAUUCUUUAUUUGCUGUGACUGAGUAGGAGCUGUUCGAUUUCAUUUACAUGUUUAUUUCAAGGGAAUGGUGAUUUUCUGUUUUUUUUUGACAAUCUUUAUUUUGUUUUUUUCAAUUAUAAAGGAGAACAGUAUGGAAGUUUCCAUAGUAUGCGGCUUGUACAUAGUUACAUUAACUAAACAAUAAUCUGUCAGGACCGCUUUCAAUGGUUCAUAAGCAUUCCACAUUGUGAUUUUGACAUUACAAUAGAAAAGACCUGUGUGUGAGGUGUCAAUAUGCAUCUACUUGGGGUGCUUGUUUCCCAUUUUGUUCUUUGGGCGAGCAGAAUGUCACUGGGCAGUUGGCCCUCUGCAUGUAUUUUGGAGUGGGCUAUGGCUAACCAUCUACUAAGUGUUUUGUUAAGAAACCGCAUCUUUUUAGUGAGGCGUAGCUGUUGCUAAGUGUUGAGGUGUGGUUUUGGGAAGUUGGAAAGAGAUUGGAAUGAUGGGAGAGAAGAGGGGGGGUGGGGAACGGAGUUUUAGGGGAAAGGUAUAAUUGAAGUGUGUUUGCAAAAGCUGUGGGGAUUCUGCAGUUCCACUAGACCCCAAAACCGGUUGGAAAAGGCAACGAUAGCUUAGGGAAAUUUAAGGUGGGUGGUUCAUCUUAGAUGUGUAGUCUAGCCAAGGAGUCCAAAUUAGGAUGCACUUAUCAGUACGGCCAUGUAGGACUUCGGUCAGCGAUUCCAUUUCGUAAAUUUGAGAAACUUAAAAAAAGGGAAAAACAAACACACUACCAAUAGGUGUCUUUAAAUAAAUAUGGUGUAGAGAUCGUAAUGUGGUUGUCACCAAACAAAAUAAGUAAAUUAAAACUUCACUUUUAAUAGAUAAUUUUAAAAGCCAUUUAAAUAAAGAUAAAGUAACAAAAAAGUAGAGACCAAGAUAUUUGGUCCUAAAUGAAAAUUAUAGUCUUGCUAUAGCAACACUAAGCAUUCGUAAUCAGUAUGACUACCUGAAAGAGACAAUGUGUCGACAAAUAAAACUUUGUAAUGAAAAGUAUCUAUUUGUACAAUAUAUACAAUACAGGGAGGGUGAGAGGCGAUAACUAGACUCUGCUGGAGAAAGAGUCUAGUCAGAUAGUUGAGCUGCCUCAGUUAGGCAGAAUGUGUAUAUACAAAUAGCUUAACUCCACCCAAAUAGGAGUAAAAGAAUGCCAAAAAGGUGUAUAAUAUGAAAAAAGAUUCCAUAGAAGGGUAGACCCCUGAUAGGAGUGAUUCACAGAGAUCAAUAGGUGAUAGUUGGUAACAGGAAAAUAUCACGUCCCUGUACCUAGACUGAACUUCUCAGUGCAAAACUAUCACUCAACCCCCCCACUAAGUAGCAAGACAGAAAAUAAAUAGAAAUAAAAACAAAAACGGGCAUAGAGCCCAAUCUCAGGAUAGCCGUUUAGAAAAAUAAACUGUCAAACGGCAGUGUGAAAUAGAACACGGAGAUAUUGCCGACUAUGGCAUCCUGAGCCCCUGACGCGCGCGUUUCGUUCAGGUACUCAUCAGAGGGAGAUUUCGUAAAUUUCCUCUAUCUUGACUAUCCAUUUCUGGAAGGUGGGCACACCCGUCUGCCUCCAGUGAAGCAGGAUUUUGCAGAUAUUUAUUUAACCCCCUGUCCUUACACAAGAAUGAGCAGCAGUAACGUUAAGGUGCGUCGGAAAUGGCAAUGAGACUAUGAAAUGUAUCCAAAACCCGAGAACAAGGUUUGCCUUUAUUGUAUUAGAAAAACCGUAAUGUAGCUUUUUUGAUAAAUACCCCUGUUCUGUCACUAAAUCAAAUAGAAGUAAUAAACAUUUUGGUAAGCAAGGAAAAGUGUCAUUCAGUAAAAUGAAAUGGCAAUGUGAGUCAGAUGUAUCAUAUUCAGACCAUCAAUGCCAUUCAAAUCAACAUGAACUUGACAUAGCUAAUGUUUAAAGGACCACUAUAGUCACCCAAACCACUUCAGCUCAAUGAAGUGGUCUGGGUGCCAGGUCCCCCCGGGUUUUAACCCUUCAGAUGUAAACAUAUUAGGUUCAGUGAAACCGCUAUGUUUACAUUGCAGGGUUAAUCCAGCCUGUAGUGGCUGUCUCACUGACUGCCUCUAGAGGCGCUUCUGCGAUUCUCUCUGUGAAAAUCACAGUGAAAAGAUGCUGGACGUCCAUAGGAAAGCAUUGAGUAAUGCUUUUAUAUGGGCGGUUUGAAUGUGCGCGCUGCUCUUGCCGCGAUUGCGCGUUCGGAUCCGACAUCGGAGGGGGAGGAGAGGUCACCAGUGCCAAGGGAGCCUGGCGCUGGAGAAAGGUAAGUGGCUGAAGGGGUUUUAACCUCUUCAGCCCAGCGGGAGGGGGGACCCUAAGGAUUAUAUAGUGCCAGGAAAACGGGUUUGUUUUCCUGACACAAUAGUGGUCCUUUAAGUGAAACGUUUUAAUUGGCAACCCAGCAAGUGAAAUGAACAUGCUAGUAGUGUUUUUGAAGGGAAGUGCUUGAGACUUUAAUAGGAUAGAAAAUGAAACAAACCCUUAUUCAAAUCAUUGAUUCAUGAUUGAGGGAAUUGGACCAUGUUGACUGCCUCUUUAACAGCAGGGUGAUUGGAUAAUUAUUUAAUUUUUUUUUUUGAAGUGUAAAUAAUCUAUGUCAAUGUCUAGGAAUUAGAGGAUCAUACAGUUCGUCAUGCCAAGAUCCUUCAAGCUCUGGAGGCAGAAAAGCAAAAAAUUGCUAAGGAAGUACAAACACUCCUUCAAGAGAAGAGCACCCGGGGUCGAAGUAUUGCUGGUAACUUUCAAUUAUUUUGUAAAGCUUUUAGUCUUUUUAAACAAAGUCUGUUUGAGGUGAGGGUAUGCACAGUUGACUUGUAUAAAAGACCAUCAUUUGUAGAACCCAUUAGAUUAGUUGCAGUUCUAGUGGAAUCACUGCCAAAUUAUUAACCUAUAUCCCGUAAAAAAAAAAAAAAAGCCAAGCAUGGGUUUAUGGGGUAUACUCCGCACUCCUAUUUAAAACAAUGGCGUGUUUAGGAUUGGCGGUCUGGUAUCAACUAAUUCCUAUUCUGCACCCAGCUUUAUGGUUUUAUAUAACGAUACCUGUUAAGGAAUGUUAUGUUAAUUAUCUGAAACUAAGAGUUUAAGAUGUGUUAAUACACCGAUGCUAUUGAGGAAUGCGCAGAGCACUGUGCUAUAUUGUAGCUCAAUAGAUUAGAGACCAGGUUUUGUGCCUAAAUUUGUAUAUGUUUUGCUGUUUGCAUGGCUUGCUUUGCUUAUCAGCACUGAUGUAUGACAACUAUGACUUUAUAUUCUACUACAUAGCAAGUCCCAACUGGAGCUCUAUGAAACUGUCCGUGAUGAUUCAGGAAGCGAACACGAUCAGCAGUAAACUAAAGAAACACAUGGUUUUCAGCAGGUAAAAAAAGAAUAACACAUUACUUAACUGUAGAAAAAGCUACUGUGCUCUCUUUUAAUGACAUAUGCUUUAAAAAAAAAAUGGUAUCCUGCAAGACAAAAUUGGUCCAUAUGAAUUCCAAAUUAGCUUGGCUUUAACACUCUAGGACAAUGAAGGUGAGCCUUUUUGAGCCAGAGGGCAGCACAAAACCAGGAUACACCACUGCCCUUAAGGACUGAGCCAAAUGUACAGGUUGUGAUCAAAACAAAAGUUAAACAAAACCUUGAAUUUGACUAUAUGUCUGUUCAGGCAUAAUUCACCUCUUUCAUAUUAUGUGCACCCACACUUAUUAUAUAUCAUUUUAUUCAGGGGAAACCAGGCUUUCAUAUAACAUCAAAUAUUUAGGUAUGAAACAUAAUUUAAUAUGAAUAAAAUUUUUAAAAAUGGGAGAAAAUAAGAAUUUUAAAAUGUUUUAAAAUUUUUUUUUUAAGUUCUACGUGACAUUUUAACUGUAAAUGUCAUAAUACUGUUUGCUUUUACUGCAAUAAUAUACACAUAUUUGUAUUCAGUGAUGUCUCACGUGUAAAACAGUACCCCCUAUGUACAGGUUUUAUGGUGUUUUGGGAAGUUACAGGGUCAAAUAUAGCAUGUUACGUUUUCAGUUUUUUCACAUUGAAAUUCGCCAGAUUGGUUACGUUGCCUUUGAGACUGUAUGGUAGUCCAGGAAUGAGAAUUACCCUCAUGAUGGCAUACCUUUUGCAAAAGUAGACAACCCAAGGUAUUGCAAAUGGGGUAUGUCCAGUCUUUUUUUUUAGUAGCCACUUGGUCACAAACACUGGACAAAGUUAGUGUAAAAUAUUUGUUUGUGCAGUCUUCCAUUCCUUGUCUACCACCACGAUGUUUGGUUCGUUGGCCAGCACUUGCUUGUCUGUCUGGAUCUGAAAGUUCCACAGGAUCUUAGCCCUGUCAUUCUCAACUACCCUUUGUGGUAUCUUCCAUCUGGACUUAGGCAGGUCCAAUCCAUAUUCUCUGCAGAUGUUUCGGUACACAAUCCCAGUAACUUGGUUGUGUCUCUCCGUAUAUGCUGUUCCUGCUAACAUCUUCCCUGGUUUGGUAGACUCCAGCUUCUAUUGAUCUGGUGUUGAGUGCCUGUUCCUGUGCUGCCUUUCAGUCCUGCCUUUUCCAACCAACUCUCAUAUAGUGUGUAUGUAUGUGUGUGUGUGUGUGUGUGUGUAUGUGUAUGUGUAUAUGUAUGUAUGUGUGUGUGUGUGUGUGUGUAUGUAUAUAUAUAUAUAUAUAUAUAUAUAUAUAUAUAUAUAUAUAUAUAUAUAUAUAUAUAUAUAUAUAUAUAUAUAUAUAAUAUGUGUGUGUGUAUAUAAAUUUAAGUUCUCCUGUAGAAAGCCCCUUUUAUCCAUUUUGCAGAACAGAGCUGCACAGGCAUGGUAUGACCAAAAGGGUCAUGCUGAAGUGUUGCAGUUGUUGAAAUUGUGUAUUUAUUCAUAAUGUCCAUGUUGUGAGAUAGCCCAGUGAAUAUGGCUCCAGUCAUAUCUCAGAUUUGGUUCCUUUCAAAGUCAAAUGUUUAGCCUUUUUAAACCGAACAAGUACAAUUUAGCUUGGAAAUGAAAUGAAGACCUCAGAAUAUUCCUGAAAUUUAGCGACAAACUAAAAAAAUGUCCCUUUUCUGCUUAAAUAAUUUUUUUAAAAAUACAUGUUCAUUAGGAAUGUCAGUAAACAAGGUAAAAUGACAAACCGAGAAAUUAAGCAAGUGUACAAUAUGAAAAAUACAAUAAUCAACAUAUUGCUUAAAAACUUUGAUCGUAUAAUUCAAUGCAAAUCCAGAUUAACUCUAAAGCACCUAAUUUGAUUGUGUGCAUAAAAUUAGUAAUCUUGUUCACCUGAUCAAUGCAUCCCCCUUUUGUUGUGUUGAAUGCAGAAAAAUUUAAACACUUUGGAUUAUUCUCUAAACUGAAAACUCUUGAAUUAACAUUAAUUGCAACACAGUGUAAUGAUCUAUUAACUUUUUUUUUAAUAUCCUUGUCAUCCCUUGGGGUAUAUUUCAAGCACUUUUCUUGCAGAAAAAUAUAACCUGGUUUAUUUCUAAAGUUUAAUAAAAACAUUUAUGCAUGCUCAGCAAAAACCUACUUAAAAGUAGGCAGGAUGUUCCUAACGUCCUUAUUUUGUGGAUCUAAAUAUAAGGCUCUGAGAACUCAUCAGCAAACUUGAAAAGGCUAGUAUCAGGCGACAUCGCAAAAGAUAUUGGUCAUAACGUAACAGUUGACUAUAAUUUCCUGUUUAAGGUACAUCCAGGCUGGAGUCGACCAACACAUUUUAAAGUAUUGAAAUAUGUAUGCAAAAAAUAAAAUUUUAAACGUCAUGCACAAAUAAUUUAGUAAUUCUGGCACUUUCUGUAAAUCACCAGGCUGUGCAGCUUCUGCUGUGAGCUCUAGCCAAGUCUAAGCUUAUCAGAUUUCUGAGCACUUCAUGUUAAAUCCCUGCAUACAUUACAACUCUCAUCAUAAUGGUUUAUAGGUCGAUGACCGCAAAUAAAGCAGUUUUAUUUUAAUAAAAUAGAAACCGUGUUAGUUGGAGAAGAGGUGAGUGUGUUCACUAGAUCUUGGAACUCUUACCCUUUAUCGUUUCUCUUGAUACGAUAUGGUACAUAAAAAAAGAAGAAAAAAGAACAUAUACAGAUAAAAGUGUAAUAUGUCUUUAAAUGGAGCGAUUGGUGAAAUAAGUGAAUAUAUAAACUCAAAAAAUUCUAAGUCAAAUCACUGGAAAACCAGUGAUUUGAGCCUAUACUGGAGAUAUAAUAUAAAUAAGUAAAUAUCUAAUGAUAAUAACAAGAUAUAUACAACAUAACCUCUUAUCCAGAUUGAAAGGUCAUCCCAAUGUGAAAAAAAGGUGUGGAAACAGCCAGUUAGGCAAAACCUCCCUUGUACUGAUCCGUGACUACAAUAUACUAUAGACUACUGACUUUAUAUUUGUUUGGUCAAAGUCUAAUUAGAGUAUACAAUUUUCAUCAAGAACUUCACGGAAAAAAGUAUCUAAUUCCAAACGUACUGCCUGAUAACAUCAGAAUUGUGGGAUACUCAUUGUAACAACAUAGUAUCAAUUGCUAGAUAGGAGAAUGUCUAAAUAUCCAUAUUGAACUAAAUAGCUUAGUGUAGCCCUAUGUUCGCUGAAAUUGCUAAAGUAGCAAUAGCUAAGUAGUUGAACUAAAAGGAUAUCUCACAGACUAAUAUGAUGGAAACAGGUGAGUAGACUGUUUUAAUAACUUAUAUCUACAGUCUAACUCACAUAGUACUUAAAAAUGAGUGGAAUUAGAACAGAGAAAGGAGGUUAGAAAAAUAUAUAAGUGCUAAUGUGCAGAACCAUACUUAGGAUGUUGGUUGCCUGCACAUAGUGAGAGUGCCCUGUGAAAGAGUGAAUAGAGUGAAAAACGGAAAACCCGACGCGCGUUUCGGUGCUUGCGUGCACCUUCGUCAGGGGCCAAACUUGUAUAUAAAUAUAUAAACUCACAUUCGUUAGAGCCUUUUCUAGUGUUAGGCUCUAAACUUCUGCACGUCUGUGUCUUUUUUGGGUAGAACACACGACCCCUCUCUCACAAGGAAGAUAUGAAUGUUCUCCACCGGAUAUAUAAAAGACACAGAUAUAUGUUUUAUAUAUGAAUUUAAUAUUAAUGGCAAACUAAAGACCUUUAAGGCUUAUGUAGAUGAGUAAAAAUGUCAAGAAAAAAAACUUAAACUAUUAAAAUAAGGGUCUCCUCUAAAGCUGCUGCAACAAAUCUAUAGAGACGUUACGACUGCAGCAGUAAACUAUGCCUGGGCAAGGAAGUGAUUCUGCUGAUCAGGAGGCUCUUAUCUAUUCAACACAGUCCAAACAUAACCAAUAUACAGCAGAAGUUUAUGGGUAUGCAGUUAAGUUUCUCAUUAGAUCAGAUGGUUAAACAUGCUGAAUACGUUGACAGCCAUACUCCAGCCUACUGAGCGCUUCAUUUGCAGUUUUGUGAACAGUACCCCACACGUGCACAGUUACCUCUUGCCUCCCUAAACUAUUUUAGAUUAAGCAAUGGCUUGGAUGUACUGAGCUCAUGCAGAAUGUGCGUGUCAUAAAACUGUGUAGGACAGAGCAGGAAGUAUAGUUUACUCCUCUGAUGUAUGGCAGGCUGUAUCUAUUGUGAGUUUUGCAAAUUACUGAAAUGACAAACAACAAAGUGAGAUGAAACAUGGAUGGGGGCUUUCUUGCACCAUAAUAGUGGUUUUUUUUUUCUUUUCUUUUUUCUUCAUAAUUUUCUGUUCACAUAAGACAAAUCAGGGACUACACAUUCCUUUAAAUUGUGCUGGCGUUUCAGUAAAUGUGCAUUUUAUAAAUUGCAUGUUCAAGAAAACUCAGAAGUGAUAGUGUCACUUUAAUAAUGGCAUUCUAUUUGUAGACAUGAUCCAACAGAUAAGGAAAAUGUACCGGACCAUCCAGUACAGAUAAAGGUCCGGAAUUUGAAGCUAGGAAUUGUAACCUUCUGGAGUGUGGAGAAGUUUGAAAAUACCUUGGUUGCCAUGAAAGAUUUGUAUGAGGUACGUGGCAAUCCACUGGUACGUUCAGUACAGUACAUGCAAUUGGAAGGCUUUUUAAAUGUGGAUAAUUAUUGUAUGUACUUUGUAAAGAUGAGAACCUCUGGAAAGAAGGCUGGAUAUAUAACUGUGUGCAUAUAGAUGACUUAUGACUUUGUGGAUUUUGAUAGAACUUUGACCACUAAAAACCAUUUCAAUAGAGACCUGUAUAGCACUGAUAUAUCAAUUUUAACAACAGAAUAAUGGGGGAGCAAAGGAUGAUGAUGAUUUGUUUUGUGACCAUGAAGAUGAAUGGGAACCUGACUUAGAAAACCCGUCUGUGUCCAACUUUUCUAGAAGAAGGUAAGGAUCACACAUCUGCUUAUGGUUUUUUUAAACUAACAUUGUUUUGGAAGAGGAAAGUUCAGAAUGCAUUUUGUUGGGUAACUAAUAAUUCUACUGAAAGGGACACUCCAAGCACCAUGAGGUUAUGGUGUCAGGAUGUCCCUGUCACCGUCCCCUUGUGCUUAGCUGUUUAGAAAUGCAACAUUAUGGAAAAAUAAUCACAUUUAUUUGCCCUUAUCAUCAUGCAAAGUAAUAACGAGCAAAUUGCCUCCCCCAGCUUGUUCAGGUUCUCAUAUAAAACAAAAGAAAGGACUGCACUGUGUUAACCUCUACCACUUCAGCUGGAAGGCUAUUCCAUGCAUCCACUACCCUCUCAGUAAAGUAAUUCUUCCUGAAAUUAUUUUUAAACCUUUGCCCCUCUAAUUUAAGACUGUGUCCUCUUGUUGUGGUAGUUUUUCUUCUUUUAAAUAUAGUCUCCUCCUUUACUGUGUUGACUUUUUUUUUUUUUGUUACAAUGAUUCAUAACAUUUUUUUAAAGUGAUACUAAAAAUAGGUGCAUAUGCAAAAAUAAAAAACUUGACAAAAACCUAUAAAAACGGUUGGAUUGAAAAUAAUACAAAUAGGUAAAAGUAAUCCAAAUAGAUAAAAAUGGUUUCCACUUCCCUGUUUAGAUGUCCACUGCCUCCUGUGUAGUAGUUCAUCAGACCUACUCAUUAGCAUCUGGACAGCUUCUGACACUGUAGUGAAAAAUCCUUGAGGUUCACUCUGGCAGGGAUGGUGUAAAAAUCCUUUGAAAAAAAGCAACUUUUUCAAAUGGUUUUCGCCUGUGCUGGUUUUAUCAAUGACACAAAAUUUCAGCUCUCACUUCACUGAAUAUAUAGGUUGUCUGCACAACUAUGUGUGCAGACUCUGUGCCAUUAUUUUGGUACAGAAUUAUAUAAAGCUUAUUAGAAAAGAAAGACGAGUACAUAUUUAGCACAGACGGUUCUAAUAAAUGCACAGGUUUAUUCUAUAUAUGGUUUAAUUUUAACAAGUGAUCAGCCAAGUAACAUACAGAAUCUGCACACAUGAGUGUGCAGACAACCUAUACAUACAGUGAAGUGAGAGCUGCAAUUUUGUGUCAUUGAUAAAGCCAGCACAGGAGAAACGUGUUGGAACAAACUUUUCAAAGAAUUUUUACUCUUCCUGCCAGGUUCACUACCUCAAGGCCUGAUUAAGUACUACACAGGAGGCAAUGGACAUCUAAACAGGGAAGUAGAAACUAUUUUUUUUUAUUUUUUUUUUAUUUUUUUAUUAUCUAUCUAUUAUUUGUAUCAUUUUCAAUUUUGAAUCCUACAGUUUUUGUAGCUAUCUGUCAAGUUUUUAUUCUUGUUUUUGUUCCUGUAUAUGCACCUAUUUUUAGUAUUUCUUCAAAGUGUUUGUUUUUUUUUUUCUUUAAUGAUGCAUUCUCAAUAAAUGGUUUAAUUUUAUGUCAUAUUGUGUGGGCACUUGUUCUUUAUCUCACAAAGUCUAUAUUGCUGGGCAUUAGUUUGUAUUAAAGGACCACUAUAGUGCCAGGAAAACAUACUCGUUUUCCUGGCACUAUAGUGCCCUGAGGGUGCCCCCACCCUCAGGGACCCCCUCCCGCCCAGCUCUGGAAGGGGGAAAGGGGUAAUUACUUACCUUUUUCCAGCGCUGGGCGGAGAGCUCUCUGCCUCCUCUCCGCCUCCGAUCCGCCCCGCCGGCUGAAUGCGCACGCGCGGCAAGAGCUGCGCGCGCAUUCAGCCGGUCUCAUAGGAAAGCAUUUACAAUGCUUUCCUAUGGACGCUGGCGUGCUCUCACUGUGAUUUUCACAUUGAGAAGCACGCAAGCGCCUCUAGUGGCUGUCAAUGAGACAGCCACUAGAGGAUUAGGGGGAAGGCUUAACCCAUUCAUAAUUAUAGCAGUUUCUCUGAAACUGCUAUAAUUAUGAAAAAAUGGGUUAACCCUAGAAGGAUCUGGCACCCAGACCACUUCAUUAAGCUGAAGUGGUCUGGGUGCCUAGAGUGGUCCUUUAAGAACUAUUUCUGGAGGGGUGGCACAGUCCUUUUCUUUUUUUUUUUUUAUAUAUAUAUAUAUAUAUAUAUAUAUAUAUAUAUAUAUAUAUAUGUGUAUAUGUAUAUAUAUAUAUAUAUGUAUAUGUGUGUGUGUGUGUAUAUAUAUGUAUAUAUAUAUAUAUGUGUGUGUAUGUAUAUAUAUAUGUAUGUAUAUAUAUAUCUAUCUAUAUCUCUCUAUAUCUAUCCCAUUGGAUGUGUAUAGGUUAGUGGUAUUUUCCUAUCUAGGAUUUGUAGCAUCCCCUUUACUGUAUUAGAUGUAUACAGUAGAUAUACAGAUUAUCUUAGCUGCUUCAUUCAUACCUGCUGCAGAGCUGUGAACUAUAUAUUCUAUAAACCCAUUACAAUUUGUAUGAUUGUGUUCUCACUGUUACGGUGUAGCAGGGUAGAUGGUGCCUACUCAGUAUAAAUAAUGCUUUCUCUAAAUUGCAGAAGCCUAAUGAAGAACAAGAGGAUUUCUGGGUGCCUCUAUGAAAUCAGAGUUCACCCUAUUCAGAGCUUACAGACUGGUCACAAAUCAGGUAAUCAUGGAAUUAUUGGCUGGCUUCUUAUAAAUGGCAAGAAAGGUAGUGGGGAGGAGUCAGGCAACUAUAGGCCAGUAAGCCUUACUUCAGUAGUGGGGAAAGUAAUGGAAACCAUGUUAAAGGGUAGAAUUGUUGAACAUCUAAAAUCACAUGGAUUUAAAGAUCAGAGACCACAUGGGUUUACUUCAGGAAGAUCAUGCCAAAUUAAUCUUAUUGAUUUUUCUGAUUGGGUAACUAAAAUUAUAGAUCAGGGUGGUGCAGUAGACAUUGCUUACCUAGAUUCCAGUAAGUCUUUUGACACUGUUGCACAUAGAAGGCUCAUCAAUAAACUGCAAUCUCUGAGUUUGGAUUCCAAUAUUGUUGAAAGGGUAAGGCUGAGUGACAGGCAACAGAGGGUUGUAGUCAAUGGAGUAUAUUCAAAGCAUGGUCUAGUCACCAGUGGGGUAUCUCAGGGAUCUGUACUUGGACCUCUUUAAGCCCUUAAGGACACAACUUCUGGAAUAAAAGGGAAUCAUGACGGAAUAUUUCCGUCAUAUGUCCUUAAGGGGUUAAUGUUUUUAUUAGUGAUAUUGCAGAAGGUCUUGAUGGUAAGGUAUGUCUUUUUGCUGAUGAUUCUAAGAUAUGUAGCAGGGUUGAUGUUCCAGGAAGGAUAAGCCAAAUGGAAACUGAUUUCGGUAAGCUAGAAAAAUGGUCAGAGUUGUGGCAGCUGACAUUUAAUGUGGAUAAGUGCAAGAUAAUGCAUCUUUGACGUAAAAACCCAAGGGCAGAGUGCAGAAUAUUUGAUAGAGUCCUAACCUCAACAUCUGAGGAAAGGAAUUUCGGGGUAAUUAUUUCAGACGACUUAAAGGUAGGUGGACCAUGUAAUAGAGCAGCAGGAAAUGCUAGCCGAAUGCUUGGUUGUAUAGUGGAGGUAAUAGCAGUAGAAAGAGGGAAGUGCUUGUGCCAUUGUACAGAACACUGGUGAGACCUCACUUGAAGUAUUGUACGCAGUACUGGAAACUGUAUCUCCAGAAGGAUAUUGAUACUUUAGAGGGAGUUCAGAGAAGGGCUACUAAACUGGUUCAUGGAUUGCAGGAUAAAACUUACAAGGAAAAGUUAAAUGAUCUUAACGUGUAUAGCUUGGAGGAAAGACGAGACAUUGGGGAUAUGAUAGAAAAUUUAAAUACAUAAAGGGAAUCAACACAGUAAAGGAGGAGUCUAUAUUUCAAAGAAGAAAAACUAUCAUAACAAGAGGACAUAGUCUUAAAUUAGAGGUGCAAAGGUUUAAAAAUAUUAGGAAGUAUUACUUUACUGAGAGGGUAGUGGAUGCAUGGAAUAGCCUUCCAGCUGAAGUGGUAGAGGUUAACACAGUGAAGGAGUUUAAGCAUGCGUGGGAUAGGCAUAAGGCUAUCCUAACUAUAAGAUAAGGCCAGGGACUAAUGAAAGUAUUAAGAAAAUUGGGCAGACUAGAUGGGCCGAAUGGUUCUUCUGCUGUCACAUUCUAUGUUUCUAUGACCCUUUGCAAAGUUACUGCAGAAGUUGGGCAAUCCUACAGGCAACACUUUCUGUUGGUUCAUAGGAGUCUGUUUGCCAUUUUUGAAAACUGGAUUAUUUGUUAUUUAUAAACUUUUAAGGAUUUCAUCAGAUUUUAGAUAAACUAAUACAGUUUCCAAUAAAGGUAAAAAAGGGAAGAAUGAAAACUAUUUUUAGUAAAGGAAACAAAGAUAUACUUAUUUUUUUGUUCUGGUUUAUCAUUGGGUAUAUGUCUGUCUAUUAGGGUGGCUUAAAUUAUGAUCUCUGAUUUAAGGGGCAUAUGGAUAAUUUCUUAACAAAUAUGGAUAUUUGCUACAUUUUUGUUUAUAAAUAUUAUAGACAUAGGUCUGUUGUCAUGAAGGUUUGCACAACCAUUUGCAGAUUUUCCAUGUAGGAAAUGCUCCGUAAUUGUGCAGCACGUUAUUAAUUUGUUCUCAUUUAUUAACAGGUCUAAUGAACAAAUCCACCAGUUUUCUAAGUAAAUCGAGCAGUGUCUGCUCAAAUACCCCAGAUGCCCUCCUGCCUGGAAUUUGUAAGGAUUUGAUUGGAUCUGCCUUGGAAUACCUGGGUCGAAGUUAUGCUGAUGAAAGUAACAUGGCUGACUGUCUAAUCCACUGUGUGUGUACUAUAUGUGCUGGGGUCCGUACCAUCUCUCGAACAUACGAAGAGCAAGAUGCAGACAGCACAGAUACCUGUAAGUGGCGUUACAUAAAGGCAAGAUGAUAUUUAAUAAAUAGAAAUAAAAGGGAAUGGUGAAGGAAAAAAAGGUACACAGUGCGUUUCUUAAUUCCAAUGUAAAGUGCAAAGAUUAUUUGCUGUCCAUUUAUUUAUCCAUCAGACUUUAGUCUACCUGGAAAUAAAACAUUACAAAUGUUACAUAAUUACAUAGCUGAAAAGAGACUUGCGUCCAUCAAGUUCAGCCUUCACUAAAAAAAAAACCAAUGAAAUAGAUACAGGGUAAAGAUUCAAUUUAAAUGAGUAAACUCUGGGCAGCAACACUUAAAAAAAAAUAUAUAUUUUUUAAAUCCACAUUACACAUUUCACAUACCAGUCAUAGAUUUGUACAAGCGAUCUAUAAUAAGCAAAUCCGUACGUCAAGGAAAGGUUGGGUGAAAAACAAAUAUUUGCUUUGGUUUUAUACAUAAUUCCAAAUUUAGAAAAUAGAGCACUUGAGAAAAAUAGCUGGACUUGCCACUUUGUACUGUGCUUAGAACCAUGUGAAUACCAGAAUAAAAGGUAAAGGAUAGUUAGAAAGAGAGAAUUAAUGAGAGUGAAGGAAAGAGUUGGUUCAGUGAAUCAGCCAAUGAGAAAUUAGGGUGGGUUGAGGGGCUGAUUUGACUCCACACUCUAGCCCAGGGAUAGCCAACCUUCGGCACUCCAGAUGUUUUGAACUACAUCUCCCAUAAUGCUGGCAAAGCAUUAUGGGAGGUGUAGUCCAAAACUUCUGGAGUGCCAAAGGUUGCCAAUGCCUGCUUUAUCCAAUCACUGUCCACUUAUUAUUUGUAUCAAUGCCGUGGUAAGGGGAAAGCGGGCAAAUAAUAAAAGGACAGUGAUUGGCUAUGGACGAAGUCAUGUCAGCAAUUCAACUCAUACUGAUUUUUUAUUGGCUAUACUGAGUUUGUAUCCUGAGUACUUAAAUUAAGAUGUCUUGUGAAAAAGGGGAUGUGGGGCUAAGGGCAGGAGAUAUCUUGCAGAAAAGAGCAAAUUUUUUUAGGUUUACUAUAUAAUUUGAAUAUGGAUAAAAAUACAGCAUGACUCUGAGGCCAUAACCUCUUAAAUGCACUUAAGAUGUGUGGUUGCCUGCCCUAGAGUGUCCCUUUUUAAGGUGGCCACACAACAACCAGUCCAUCUAACAUGCACGCAGACUUCCUAGCCACUCGUAUGCAUAUGAAAACCCCAAACUGUUCCAAUAUCCAGUGUGAUCACCUUCUCUUAUGUCCUUUUCAGUAUUCCUGGUUAAUCGUGAGGCCCAAGCUCAUAGCAUCCAGCUGACAUCUGCAUUUCAGCAGUUGGUGGUGAUGACAAAGCUUUGGAUAGACCAUUUCCCGGCCAAUGAGCAAAGUGCAAAACCUGUGGUUGACUUGGGGUUGUGCAUCAAGAAGCUUGGGGGAUAUCUACAGCUCCUGCUACAGGUGAAACAGCAUGGGCAGAAUGGGAGACCUGGACAAAAGAGGUCUCUACUAACUGUUGAUUGCAAGUAGUGGAUUGGUCUGUACACUUGUAUAACGGUGACCGUGGACAGCUGUGUCAAAGCUGGAAAAUAAUUUAAUAUAGGUCUUUUUGAUCACUGAAUGUAUAAAAUCACAGCUUAUGUGAUAUAAUGUGAAAAUUAUAUUUUGAUUAUAAAUCUUCAUAUUCUACUACAUCUCCACAUAUCACUGACCUGAUAUAUGCCAAGGGUUCCAGUUCUGACCCUCCAGUUUUUGUUGGACUUCAGUUCUCUGCCAAUCUGACUGCUGCUAGUUGGAGGUGCAUCCUUGGUGUGGCCCAUGUUUUUAAUAAUAAUUUUAUUUAAAAAAGUAUUUAAAUCACUUUACUCAAGUUAUGUUUAUAUUUACUGGGUUAAACAGCUCUUAUUUGUUAAAAGCCAGGCGCCCUCUGAUUUAUUAUCUAUUGUUUGCUUUUAUGUUCUAAUCUUCUUCCUGUUCAGGCAGAAUUCUGCCUCCCCCACUCACCUUCCAUAACAACAAACAGCCUAGCCGUAUAUCUGUGGUUUGUAGCAGCUAAAUUAGAAACUGGUGAAACGCACAAUUAAGAGGAAAUAAUUAUUGGAAAUACUUACACAAUACAUGUGGGUGAAGUUCAAAUAACGUUUUUGAUGGUUUGUGGCACUCUGUGUAAUUGAGAGAAGAAAAUAAAACCCAUUCUACUGUGUGUGUUCACUGCACUGAGAAUCAUCCAGGGGGGUUCAAAUGUUAAACAAGACUAGCUGAAUUGGAAAACAUUUUAUUUAAUUUUUCCUUUUUUCAGUUCGCUUAUUUUGACCUAAAAUUUAAAUUCCCAGACCAUUUCCUCAUAACAGUUUGUUUGAACAGGAUAAUUUAUUUAAAGCAUAGCUGUUGCAUGCAUCUAUUUUUUAUUUUUUAUUUUUUAAAUCUUCUCCCAAUUAUAUUUUAUAAAACUGAAACACCCCUGAUUGUGUUUUACAAUAUUCAUCUGCCACGUCUUGAUCUUGUUUUAGAGAAAGAAGGUAUGUCAUUCAUUUAAAGAGGGUAUCUGUAAAAACAACAUUUUAACAAGCGGAAACCAUGGCGGCUGUGUGCUGUUACAAUUUUUUUUCUUUUUUAAAGGGGAAAGUCCACCCAAUAUUUUCUAUAUUUAUUUUUAUAUGUCAAGUUUGUUUUAUGUCCCUGUCCUGGUCAAAAUGAAGAAUUUAUACUUUUGUUUAUCAUUUAAAUAUUUUUUUUUAUAAUGUAUCAUUAAAUUGUUUUUUUUUUUUUUGCUUGACUGUCUACUUUAAUGAUGUUGCCCACCUUCAUUAUUGUAGGGCUGCUGUUCUGAUAUUCCAUCCAUGGUUGUGGAAGCAAGAGACAAGACGAGCCAAACGGCAGAACAAAUUCUACAGAACAUAGGCCAUUUGGCUGCACUGACCGUGAUUGAAUUACAUCUUCCAGAUAAGAAACUGGAAGAUUGCCUCCAGGUACACGGUCUGCUUGUGGUUUUUAAAGAGCAAUUGUUGUAGGGUUGUGUAUAUUUGUUUGACCACUUUUUAUGUAUGCAAGAAAUCAAAAUGUAUGUGUACUAACAUGCAAUGCUGUCUCCCAACGUUAGAAUAAUUUAGCUCUCUAUACUUGUCAUGUGUUUUAGAAAGCCUUUUCUCGUGCCCUUUGUGAUGGGGUGUUGCUUGGAUGUAAAUACAUCAUUGAUGUUGGUAUAAAGACUAUCAAUACCAUGCAAGGAGAAAUUCAGAAAUGCAGCAUUCACAAAGAGGUAAAUCAUGGAUCUGUUAUCAUGUAGCAUAUUGUGUGUAAACCCAUCAGGGUCACCAUAAAUUUUAAAGUAGGGAUGUUAUGUGCUUGCAUUGAAGUGCUUACUAAGGUAGUUGUUUAAUGCACGAUGUCCGAGCUGCCAUUUUGUUUCACAUUCUUAUAAAUGUUUUAUUUCAGCAAGUGUGAAUUGGUGAUGUGUUAUUUACACUCCUACACAUUGUCCUUUUAGUCACAAAUAUCGCUAAUGACUCUGCUUUAGGAAUUGAAUGCAGUUUGAGUUACAAGCACUCUAUGAAUUAGGGUAACAUUAAGUAAUUUCUAUAAGUGUCACAUGCAUAUUUUUGCUGUAUGAUGUUGUGCAGAGGGGUAGGGUAGGCUUAAAAUGCAAUCUGUAUAUUUCCCUUACGUUUAUUAUUUGCAAAAUGUAAAUAUUACCAUUUUCUAGGCCAAUUCUUUGGUAUUCACAGAACAAGAGCCGUAAAGUAGAGGGAUAUUAAAGUGUAACGAGUAGUGUAGGUGCAAAUGGACUUAGAUUGGCAUUUUUUUUUUUUAUUUAUUUAUUUUUUUUUUUUUAGAGAGAGUACUCUAAUACAGACUAUUGGAGUAUAAAAUAGCACCACCAUGGCAAAAAAAUACAUGUCGUCAUUUAGUAACCAACUGGCUAUCAGUAAGUGUAUCCACUUGGCUUGUAAACUAUGAUCUCUUUUAUUGAAGUAAUGACCCCCUCCUUCCCCCAUAGAAGCAGGAUACCAUAAAAAUAACCCAGGUUGUUGGGACACACAUCCCAAAUUGGAACUGUCCUGUCAAAUAUAGGAAACCUUGGAUGUAUGGCUGUCUUGGUUUGUUCAUAGCUAUGAGAAUUUGUAAUUAGAUCCAUCAUAAUCUUUAUCACCAGGCCUACUAGUGUCCUAAUCAGCACUGUAUCAAUGUAUUUGGUUUCCUCUUCAUGAUUCACUUGCUGAAAUGCCACAAAGUGGACCUAAACCUGCGUACCUUCUCCUACAGCAUGAAUUAUGGAUCAGUAAGAUCCCUGUUUGCCUUUCUGCAUCUAGCAUAUGAAAACUAUUUAUUGUUAACCUGGUUGUCUUUUCUCUGUGGCUAUCUUUAUAGGUCGAUACAGAAAUUAGGAAGAAUUUGCUUUCAUUGUCCUCCUUUCUACAUAAUAGCCUGGCAAGUUGUGAAAAGGUAUGAUAUGUCCCUGUACCUGUAUUCAUAAAAAUAAGAUUGUAACAAAACCGUGGAUCUGUCACCACUGCCUUCAAAUGACUGAAAAUCUACUCUGAAAUCUAUAUAUAUAUUAAUGAGUCUCUCCUCACAUAACAUUACUUUUUUUUUUUUUUUAUAAAUUGAGUCUGAGCCUUAUUAGCUGGAUGGCACCUAAUGAUAUAUUUAUUUAGCAAUAAAUCUCUUGCUUGUCACCUUAUCGCUGUUAGAAUUUACACCAUUUUUAUUGGUUUUAGAAAUAGGUUUAAAAAUGAAAUUUUAAAAUACUUAACUGUGUAACAUUCCUUCGAUAAGAACAAAAACAGCAGACAAUCCUUUUCUCCUCUAUUUUCCCAGCUGGAUUUGGCUUUGCUGUUGAGAGAUUCUCAGUUUUGUGUUCCGAGUAGUCUAUCAAGUGUGCUGAAGAACAUGACACUGUGCUUGGAACGGUUAAGACUGACUGCAAUUUCUGUAUUAGAAGGUAAUCGAUUUAUUCUCAUUGGAUAUUUGCGCUUGGUUUGUUGCUUUUUUUUCCCCCCAUGACGAUAGUAAAUAUUGACAGAAAUAAUAUAAACACCUUGCUUAGUAGCUAGAUUCUAUUAUAAGUGAUUAUCACAUCUCUGGCAAUUGAAUAGCAGUUAUAGUUUGUUUCUUGCUUGUGACUAUUUUAUUUCUAUAUUCUCCCAACACAGAUUCAGAUGCUGAAGUCUCCCAGCUCCACGCAGCACUAGAAGAUAUUGCAUCGGCUGCUUCAGAAAUCAAUAAGAUCAUUUUCGCCCGGUCUCCCCAAGUCAUCUCUCUCACUGAACUGAGGACUUUCUCCAGAUUAGUGAUGCUUGCUCUUCGCAACAAUGAACAUUGCUCACAUGUGAAACAAGUUCAAGCCUUGCACAAACUCACAGACUGUAACUCCUCACCUAACACUAUACAGUGGGUGUAAUCUUAAUGCUCUGUCUAUAUAGGUAGACAAAGGAUACAUUUACUCCAAUUGACACAUUACAGAUGGAGACAUGCAAUGCAUCACAGAGGUUGAAUUUCAAUGAUAAUGGUUUAACUCACAUAAUAUUGUAAGUACUGUAUAUCUAUUGUGUGGAUCUGAAAAUAUAUAUUUAAGAUUUUAUUUUUAUGGAUCAGUUUCCGAAGAGUGAGUGUACAAAAUGCAUGCAAGUAAGAGUGCCUCCCACUUUCCAAUAUGAUUUGAGUCCAGGAACUGCAUACAAAAUAAUAUUGGAUAAGUGGUUCUGGCAACUGAAGCUGAGUUUUUCACAAGGCACCAGUCCAGCUUAGGAGUCAAAUACAGAAUAACGAGUGCAGUAAAGUUCAACUAACAAGUAGAUUGCACUAAUAAAAUAAAAAAUAAUAUAUAUAGGAUCACGCUUGUCACAUGGUGUUUAUAAAUAUAUGCUCUCGCUCUCGCUCUCUCUCUCGCGCUCUCUCUAGCGCUCUCGCUCUCGCUCUGUGCUACCGAAGCAUUAACCAUUUUGUAAACAGAGUUUAUUACCUUGUAGAGCAAAUGGUUGAACAUUUUCCAAUCAUAACUUUUGCCUAAUGUAAAUACCGAUUUAUUAAACUUUCUAAAAAACAAACCAUACUGUUCCCUGAAGCCAUCCAUAUAAGAAUAAAUAUUAACAGGGUUAUUCAAUAAGUGAGAAUUCAAAGUGAAUUCAAAAUUUAAGUCCAAUAUAGCCGAACUGGAAACAUUCUGUAAGUCAGCUGUGUUUUCAGUUCAGCUGCUUUGGUCUAAAACUUUCAAUUCACCCUGCAUUCACUUAGAAUUCUCACUUUUGUGAAUAACCAUGUAAAUCGUCUUCCAAUACAUGUAUUUCAUAUUUUCUAUCCUUGCUAAUGUUCCAAUCACUAAAUAAAACUCUUGUCUUUUUAUAAACGUUUCACUGGGAUUUAGUAGAAUGUGGGAAGAGGAUAGCCCAGAUUUAAUAGAAGGUCAAACACUACCUACCUACAGUCGAGUUCAUAUUGUAUAAAUUGUAAUUAUCUGUAGCCUCAGAGGGCUUUCUUUAUGUUCUGGCAAAUCUUUUGCACAUCUGCUAAAAUGAUUAUUACAGGGCUAAUUGUUAGAAAAACAAUACUGAUUUUACAAACUGGUCUGGGGAUUACUGUUUUGUCAUUUUAAUCCCAAGUUUGAUUUGCAGAAAAUGGAACCAUAUAGUCUCACUCUGACCCGACUCUCUAGACAGAAACCUGAAACUGACUUCCAGAUCUGCUUACUGUCUUCAAAGAAAGCCCUCUGCGCCCUGUGGACCCGUCCACGUAGCCUUGUGAUAGUAAUUUUCCUGCUUUUGUGAAAGAUUAUGUCCUUAGUUCAACCUCUCUGUGACCAAAGGAGCAGACGGUGUAUUGCAAAUUUUAUUAAAGGACACGGAGGCUCAUAUUAGGCUUUAUCUCUUUCUUUAUUCCUCAGCAGCAAAGAAAGGAUAUUGAUAUUUUUAAUAUAGCAAUAACAAGAAAAAACAAAUACCCUUAAGGGUUAACCAUAUAACAUUCCAGAUAUAUUAACCAAUAAGAUCAGUCCUUGUACUAUGUUUCCUCAUGUGACCUAAGCCACUCCCUCUUACUUUGCUGCUGCCUCCGCUAAGUACCUCAUAUUUUUCUGCUCUGAAAAUAUUGUACUUUAUUUAGGUAUUUUUCUAGUGUUAAUGUACCUUGCAGAUCAUUUCAUUAAUUAUUCUUGAUUUGUUUUACUGCUUUAGUGUUUUGUUUCUGUUUUUCUUGUUCCUCAGUGCAGGGUACUUGCCCCUCCCCUGGGGCAAGCCUCCACUCUGCACUGCCGCAUGGGUUGUUUAUAACCCUUUUUUUUUUUUUCCACAGCUCUCCAUCGGGUAGGGGACGAACCCUGGCCCCCUCCUCACCUCCGCAGCUCAUAAGUAGCAUCCUAGCCGCCUGAUGGAUCGCGGCCAUUAAUAACUGCUAUCUAGUCUGCCCGCGCAUGCGUGGUUCACUCCCACGCAUCGCGGUGGCCAUCUUACGAUUCGCGAUUUUGCCAAAUUUUUCACCAGUCGCUCGCGCCGCUCGUUAAGGGAGGGGCACGAGCUGAUUGGCUAGUGGAGGUGUUGGGCGGCUUACCAGUGUCCCCCAGGAGUCAUUCCUGAGGGAACACUUGGUAAGCUGCCAUAUUAUUUGUGCAAUACCUUGUUUUAUGUGCCAUAUAGUGUGCCUUUUGCCCUCAAGUGACUUAAUACUGUGCAGGAAGAGUUUUUUUUUUUUUUUAUACACUUGCUUUUUCAUACCUAGGUCAUAACCAACUAUAAGGGGUGUCAUUUGCCUGUGCCAGUCCCCAUUAGCCACCAUACUGACUAGUGUUUUUCCUCAACUCAAGCUUUGAAUUAAAUUCUGGCCAGUAUGCAGUCCCAGGCUGACAAACAGGUUUCUGCUCCCUCCGCCUCUGCUAAGCCUAGCAACCAUAAUACAGCAGCCCUGCCUACAGGCAUUGCGGCCAUUGAGGGUGGUGAGGAAGCAUCCCAGGACCAGGUGCUCCUGGAUGCUACAAUGAAAAAGUCAGUGACACAGGCUAUAUUUAAUGCCAUGGGAGUGAUGUCAGACACCCUGUCACACACUAUCUCCUCCGCCAUCAUGACAUCCGGAAGAAGCCCCGGUUCAGCACCCCCUAUACCCGCUGAUAGCAAGCCAAUGGUCCCUAGCGGCCGCAAGGUUACAUGCAAAUUACACCAUCUAACAGGUGUCUCCUCCAAAACCAGUGUGACUGACAGGUUGUGCCCUGUUGAAACUGAGGACUCCCAUGUAAAAGAGCCCCCCGCCGGGCAAAAGCGGUGCGGAAUUGGAAGCGGGCAAAAGCCCUACCUGAUUCGUCCGACUCUGAUUCGGACUCAGAGGAGGCUUCAGAUGGGUCCGAGGCAAUCGAGCCGAUUUACUCAGACAACUUGUCCCCUGAACGCAGUGAGACUGCACCCCUAGUGAUAGACGCUGAACAGGAGGCGGAUGAAUCCGCUGUUUUAGACCCCCAAGGGGAACCCAUCUUCGUCCCUGACACGUUGCACAAUCUGCAACUCAUGUGGCCAUCUAUAUAGCAACCAGGAUGAGAAAACACCUUGAUAAAACCACGAGGAGUAAACGGAGGGCGGAAUGCCCAUGUCCCACGGUCCCGGACAUGGCCUGCGUGACCCCCGAGGUGGACCCAAAGAUCACACAGUUCUUGGGCAAGUUGGGAUGGAAGGCCAAAAAGGGACUAGACUACUCCCUCAAACAUUACCAAGACAAGGUCCUGGACAUACUCGAGCCUAUAGCCAAAAUUUUUGACAUAGUCGAAACGGCUCUUACUGAGGGGACCUCAAUUGACUUGCUGGCCAUCAGAGGGUGGAUCCAGAGAGGCAUUUGUCUAGUUGGAAAUGCCAUACUAAUGAAAAUCGAGCCCAAACUGAUACAUCUGGCAAUUUCAGAGCCUGGCACACGGGGGCAAAAGGUCUCCUAUUCGGAGACGACUUUGUCAAAACCCUUGGUAAUUAUGUCAGCACUUUCACGGCACUAGACAAGGCACAACAUAAUAUGAAGCGUGUGUUCUCGCAAAAGGUUUUUGGUGGGGCCGGCAGACAGCAGGGCCUACUGUCCGGCCGCCCCUCCCGGACUUCGUACCGGGGCUACAAAGGCUCAGCCACAACACGGUUCCUUCCUCCCGAACCCAGAACACAGUCACCAUUUUUCCCGACCAGGGGCAGGUCGUGGCAUCCACGUAGAGCCAGGGGAUCCUCCUAUGGCCGUCUGCCUUAUGGUGAGUCAUUUUCCUUCACACACCCGUUCCUUAUCACAGGUGGGGGGAAGACUGUUUCAUUUCCAUGAUGCCUGGCACAAACUAACCUCAGAUGCCUGGGCCCUAGAGACCAUUCUAGGUUACCGCAUCGAAUUCACACAACAGCCGAUCCAAUUCUCAUUGCCACAUCAGAUUGUUUUUUCCCCACAAGGCAAAAACCUGGUAUCGGAAGAGGUUCGCACACUAAAAGAGAAAGUUGCAAUCUACAAAGUCCCCACUACCGCCCCCGGGUUUCCUAAGCAACAUCUUCUUAGUGCACAAGAAGAGUGGAGGCAUGAGGCCAGUAAUAAACUUACGACCUCUCAGCGCCUUUUGUCACAUACCAUCACUUCAAGAUGGAAUGGAUACACUGCCUCCGGAGACUGGGAGACUGGAUGGUGAAACUGGACCUCCAAGAUGCAUAUCUCACGAUACCGAUCGCCGAAGAAUGUCACCACUUACUUCAAUUCCAAAGGGAAAAGACUGUGGCGGUUCAGAUGCCUCCCCUUUGGCCUGUCGUCAGCCCCGUGGUGCUUCAUCAAACUGCUGAAACCGGUAGUCGCCCUUCUCCGCAGCAGAGGUGUACAUAUGAUCAUAUAUCUUGACGACAUGCUGAUCAUGGCCCACGACACCCAUCUAUUGAACCAACAUCUAUCCUGGGCAUUGACCCUUCAGCAAAACCUGGGUUUCCGUAUCAACUGGGACAAGUCAAUCAUGCAACCUUCACAUUCGAUAGAAUUUCUAGGUUUCGAUAUAGACGCAAUUCAUGGAACGAUCAGUCUGCCUACCACAAAGGUAAAACUCAUCAAAAAGGAAAUCCGGCGGACCUUGUCACGACCAGUCUUAACCUUACGACAACUGGCCAGGAUAAUUGGUCUGCUGUCCGCUUCCAUCCAAGCGAUUUUUUUUUUUUUUUUUUUAAAUUUUUUUUUCUCUCUCCAGGGACCUCUCCAUUACAGAUCCCUGCAACAGCUCAAAGCCACCCAUCUACUCUUGGGUCAAUCUUACUCCGAUUCUGUGCCUCUAGACUGCGCAGCAAAAGAGGAAUUAGCAUGGUGGCUUAAACAUAUGGAAGCAUGAAACUGCAAAGCGAUAUUCGGAACUACCCCGGAUCUCAUCAUAGAAUCCGACGCGAGCAGAGUCGGAUGUGGCUCUCGUUGUGGUCUCACCUCUACAGGUGGAAAAUGGCCCUCACAGGAAAAGGAACUCCACAUCAAUGGUUUGGAACUCCUAGCAGGGUCAUUCGCUCUCUGGAGCCUACUCGGACACAUGACCAGUUGUUCCAUACUGUUGCGCAUGGACAAUAUCUCGGCCAUUCGUUACAUCAAUCACUUGGGUGGCACGAGAUCGACAAUACUCACGAAUCUAGCGAAAUAAUUUUGGCAUUUCUGUCUGGGCCCCAACAUAUCAGUACAGGCAGAAUACCUUCCAGGACUCUCCAACACCGUAGCAGAUUGGAACUCCAGGCAUUUACGAAACAACAGUGCUUGAUGAUUGUUGGAGUUUCUGGAAUAUCAAGUGAAUCAAUUCUGGGGCCCGAUGCACAUCGACCUUUUUGCCUCCCGGCUGAAUGCUCAACUUCCUUUGUUCUUCAGCUGGAGACCGGACCCAGACUCCUUGGCAGUGGACACCUUCCUACAAAAUUGGCCAAACAACCGGCUCUCUGCCUUCCCUCCCUUCUCACUCAUAGCAUGAACACCUACACCUACAACGCUCCCGAACAUCGCUAGUUUUAAUAACACCGUUCUGGACGGCACAGCCUUGGUUCCCUUCACUCAUGAAAAUGUCUAUCGACUUUCCCAGACUGAUCCCAGGAACCAUGGACCUAUUAUCAGACCCCGAUGGAAACUCUCACCCACUUCUGAUACAAGGCCACCUCAGACUUCUAGCGUGGCUCCUCUCUGGGGACCCUGGUCCAUGCUGAACAUUCCACAAACAACUUUGGACUUAUAGGCGGGAGCUUGGGCCACAGGUACAAGAUGAUCCUAUACUCGUGCCUGGAACACAUGGUGUAGUUGGUGCAUGGAACUACACCAUGGAUCCCCUAUGUGCUCCUGUAAAUCACGUCCUGGUUUUCCUUACUACCCUGUAUGACCGACCAAGGUUUGGCCUACUGCACCAUAAAUGUGUAUAGAUUGGUGAUUUCAGCUGGCCACAGUGGAUGGAAGGGUUUCCCAGCUGGGAAGCAUUUAUUGGUUUGUCGUCUUUUAUGAGGCAUAAAAUUUGCGCGGCCACCACAACUUUCGAUAUACAGCCUUAUGGGAUGUUAAUAGGGUCCUUCGCUUACUGGAAGACUGGCCUCCAAACUCUGAUCUCACACUCAAGCAGGUGUCCGCAAAUGGGCUAUGCUUCUGUGCUUAAUUUCCUGCAAAAGAGUGUCAGACGUUCGAGCCCUGAAUAUCGAUGCACGGUCCUUCACCCCACGUGGUGUCCUGUUUAAUCUCACCAGACGUACGAAGUAAAAAAUCAUGUCAGUCUUCUACCCAUCAUUUCCUCACAACGCUAACCUCUGCCCGGUGCAUUGCCUUCAAGAGUACGAAAAAAGGACCCAGUCAGUUCGAAACCCUACAACACACGACCUAUUCUUGGCGGUGAGGAAACCUUAUCACCCAGUAUCCACGGUAACUCUGGCACGCUGGGUGAAAUGGAUGUCAGCUGCUGGCAUCGACACAUCCGUUUACGGAGCACAUUCUACUAGAGGCGCUAUGGCCUCUAAAGCAUUCUCAAUUGGUUGUAAACUGGAGGACCUUCUCCGCACAGCUGAUUGGUCCCGAGAAUCGACAUUUAAAGAAUACUAUUUUCGGCCAACAGAACAUAUCUCGUCUAUGGUCAUCUCCCAGCUUUAAACUAGCCUAAUAUGAGCCUCCAUGUCCUUUAAUAAAAUUACCAGAUUUUACGAAUUACAUGACGUAAAGUCAUGAUUUUAUAAAGGACACGGAGGCGAGUAUUAGCCUGCCCGAUGACCGGUAAGCCAUACAUGUAUCUUCCCACCCAAUUGCCUAUAAACUGGUAGGAGUGAUUUGGAUGUUCAGAUGCAGUUAUUUGCUAAUAAUAAUAAUUUUGAAUUUGCUGGAGUUAAGAAAGAUGUUUCAGAUAUGAACGCUUUUUAAAAAACUUGGACGGCUUAUAUGCAUGAUAACGAUAUUUGAAUAUAUUUUACCAUAUAUCUCUCCAUCUCCUACAGCUUAACCCUGUGAUGGAAUAACCGGAAUCAUCCUCUACCCCCUAACUAUACCGGAAGACUCACCGGAAACCCUCUACCGGAGACUACUCAAGUUUAAGAAUUUUUCCCGUUGAUGUGUUCAGCUUCGGCGUCAGCUAGAAAGAGGGAGUGGCUUAGGUCACAUGAGGGGACAUAGUACAAGGACUGAUCCCAUUGGUUAAUAUAUCUGGAAUGUUAUAUGGUUAACCCUUAAGGGUAUUUGUUUUUUCUUGUUAUUGCUAUAUUAAAAAUAUCAAUAUCCUUUCUUGCCUGCUGAGGAAUAAAGAAAGAGAUAAAGCCUAAUACUCGCCUCCGUGUCCUUUAUAAAAUCAUGACUUUACGUCAUGUAAUUAGUAAAAUCUGGCAAUUAUGUAGAUCUGGUCCAAAGGCUUUCAAUAAGUUGCACAAAGCUCACCCCACCCAAUUUUUAAUACUUAACUGUUUUAUUAAGUAGUUAUGCUGAUACAGAAAGAAAGGAUUAGCAAUAAAAUGGAACCAAAAUUUUAUAUUUAAAUUUAAAGAUCACAUAUCUCUUAAAUGCAGAGGUGCAAUCAAUCAGUGAUUAAAUUAGAAAACCAAUUAAAAAAAAGCAAUCUAUUGCUGUAGCUACUGUAGGUCAUAUGAAAUCAUUGAGGUAACUAUAUACCAAUAUUAAGAUGAAAACAAAUAACGCAACAGCAUAGUAAAAAAUUUGGAACUGGGUGAACAUUUAAAGGGUAGAUUAUGCAAUCACUUCAUGAAAAACAGUUUACAGCAUAUAAAACACAGUUUGUCAAAAGUGUAAUGGGUCACUUCUCCACCCUUUUGGUAGGCCACCAAGGGAAAACAUUUCUUUGAAUAAGACAAAUGCCUCUGCUGAAACAAAAAAAGCGGGUAAAUAUUCUCCUCCCCCACACCUCCCUCCCUUAACAUAUUUACCUGCUUCUACUUUCCUUUGCUUUCUAUGUUCUCUCCAGAGUGGACACUAAUCUAACCUAUUAAUGUCCUAUCCCUAGGAAUACUGGAAAAGUGCAUUGGGCAUGCCUGGCAAAUUUACAUGUGUGCAAUUGGAAGAUCUAUUCGCCUUACAACAUGUUGAUGGGGGGAUAAGAGAGGAAGGCUGAUUAGAGUGAUCAGGCUCCUAUGGUCUCUCUUCACUUGCUGCUGCUGCACAAUUAUCCCCUGUGUCUGUCAUUAGUGGACUGGUCUGACCUUCACAAGAGGGAGAAUGAGGGGUGGGGUUGAAGAAACUCCAACUGAGAGGCGUGACCAUCAAUGCAAUCUGACCAAGUUUUACAGUAAAACCUUUUAAAUACUUUUUCAAAGUUUUUUUUUUUUUUUGUGCUUUAUUUUGGUUUGUAUAUUUGUUUAAAAGUGUUUGCUGGUUUACAAAAAAACAAUUUUCAAGUGUUGCAUGUGUCUGCAUCAUCCAGCAUUGAGAACUCAAAUUUGGCGAUUUAUGGACCCACUAUUUUGGAGGUUGUAAUGGCAGUGAGUGCGGUAGACUGUGCUUAUAACGAUAUAGUCUAACUCUCAUUUUCUCUUUGGGCUGGAAUAAUUCCUACUUGCCCAAGGUGGGAUGGAAGCGAAGCAAAUGUCAGCUCUAAUUCUGAAGCCCAGGAGCAUAACUGCAUUGCUCUUGGCACACAAGGUGGAGCUGUCUGUCCCCGACAGAACUGCAGUUUGUUUGUAACUCCUACCCUCUUUGCAUCUCACUAAAUCCGCUUUGCCCUCUUGUGUCUCCAAAUCUCCCACAUACAGUGAGGGGAAAAAAAGUAUUUGAUCCCCUGCUAAUUUUGAACAUUUGCCCACUGACAAAGAAAUGACCAGUCUAUAUCAUUUUAAUGGUAGGUGUAUUUUAACAGUGAGAGACAGAAUAACAACUCCCCCCCACCACCCCUGACAAAUGCAUGUCAAAGUUAUAAAUUGAUUUGCAUGUCUGAGUGAAAUGAGUAUUUGACCCCUUUGACUUAGUACUUGGUGGCAAAACCUUUGUUGGGAAUCAGAGGUCAGGCAUUUCUUGUAGUUGGCCAUCUCAGGAGGGAUUUUGUCCUACUUCUCUUUGCAGAUCCUCUCCAAGUCAUUAAGGUUUCGAGGCUGACGUUUGGCAACUCAAACCAUCAGCUUCCUCCACAGAUUCUGUAUGGUAUUAAGGUCUGGAGACUGGCUAGGUACAUGGCCCCCUCCAUCAUCCCUUUGAUACAGUGCAGUUGCCCUAUCCCCUUAGCAGAAAAACACCCCAAAGCAUAAUCUUUCCACCUCCAUGUUUGACGGUGGGUAUGGUGUACUUGGGGUCAUAGGCAACAUUUGUCCUCCUCCAAACACGGUGAGUUGGGUUGAUGCCAAAGAGCUUGAUUUUGGUCUCCUCUGACCACAACACUUUCACCCAGUUCUCCUCUGAAUCAUUCAGAUGUUCAUUGGCAAACUUCAGAUGGGCCAGUACAUGUGCUUUCUUGAGCAGGGGGACAUUGCAGGCGCUGCAGGAUUUCAGUCAUUCACGGCGUAGUGUGUUACCAAUUGUUUUCUUGGUGAUUAUGGUCCCAGCUGCCUUGGGAUCAUUAACAAGAUCCUCCCGUGUAGUUCUGGGAUGGCUCCUUACUGUUCUCACGAUCAUUGAAGCUCCACGAGAUGACUGAAAGUUAUUUUGUGUUUCUUCCAGACUGACAGUUAAUUUGGGUUUCUUCCAAAAUUACAGUUAUUUUGUGCUUCUUCCAGACUGACGGUUAUUGUUUUUUUUAAUAUGCAAAUAAUCUCACCAACUGUUGUCACCCCCUCACCAUGCUGCUUGGCGAUGGUCUUGUAGCCCAAUACAGCCUUCUGUAUGUCUACAAUCUUGUCCCUGACAUCCUUGGACAGCUCUUUGGUCUUGGCCAUGGUGGAGAGUUUAGAAUCUGAUUGAUUGCUUCUGUGGACAGAUGUCUUUUAUACAGGUAAGGAGCUGAGAUUAGGAGCACUUCCUUUAAGAGAGUGCUCCAUAUCUCAGCUCGUUACCUGCAUAAAAGACACCUUGGAGCCAGAAAUCUUGCUGAUUAUUUCACUCAUGGACAUACAAAUCAAUUUAUAACUUUUUUUUGACAUGCGUUUUUCUAGAUUUUUGUUUUGUUGUGUUGUUCUGUCUCUCUGUUAAAAUACACCUACCAUUAAAAUUAUAGACUGAUGAUUUCUUUGUCCGUGAACAAACAUUCAAAAUCAGCAGGGGAUCAAAUACUUUUUCCCCAUCACUGUAUGUGCAACAACCAAAGAAAAUCUGGAGAAGACCCCCUUUCAUAAUACCCUAAGCCCUAUUUAGGGAACAAACACUAAGCAAUGUAUUUUUCUACAUGCGCAGCUAUUUGUAGAAUGGGAAAACUAACUCAAUGUUCUGUUUUUUUUUUUUUCUCUUGAACAGUAAAAUAUGGACUUAAAGGGUUACCCCAUACCUCCUGGGAGGGAGGUCCUUCUGUGUAAAAUGCUUUACUGGGUACUAUGACUUAAAUCCCCCUCCUUCUUUUGCCCUCCAAUUGGCAAAAACCACAAUUUUUACUUAUCUGAAAUCCAGCAUAUGUCGAAGCAUGUGCUCAAUCUUCGCUAGACGGGGUUGAAAAAAAUAAAUAAAUAAAAGUACUCAACCCCAAAACAAAACACAAUUUUAUUGGGUCAGAGGGAAAAAACAUUUCCCCUUCAAUGAGAAGUUCAAUACGUCCUGUUACCAGCGUGCAGUGCACUCUGACGAAGAAUGUAUUUUACGCACAGAAAUUACAUUUGGUAACCAGGAACAGAGUUUAACAGUGUUAUUAGCCCCUGGAACAUAAUUAAAAUAUAUUUGUGCAGGGUUUCAAACAGUAUAACGGCACAUCCUGGCUCCUACCACCAUGACCACUUAAAAUCACUGAAGUGGUUGGAGCUAUUAAAAGCUAUACCAAAUUUUCUCAAUAGAUUCCCCAUAAGUUACUACACUCAUGAUACCCCAUAAUCCUUAUGUGUCUCUCCUGGACCCCCUUACCCACUUGGGUGUUUCUUAACCAACCGUUACCUUUUAUAUGUGUAAUAAGCACCUAAAGCCGUUACCUCCACCUAACCAUAUUAUAAAGUGGUCGAGCAGGAUAGUGUUAGAUGCCAUAUAAUUAUGCUCCUCUGCCAGGUGGUCUUUGAAGCUGUGACCAAAUCAGUUACUGUUCUCAAGCAAAGUUCUAAACAUGAAGUAAUUACCAUGGGAAACCAGUAGAAUGCCUCUGACUUCUUAGCAUUUACAUAGUUACAUAGUUACAUAGUUACAUAGCUGAAAAGAGACUUGCGUCCAUCAAGUUCAGCCUUCCUCACAUUUGUUUUUUGCUGUUGAUCCAAAAGAAGGCAAAAAAAACCCAGUUUGAAGCACAAUUUUGCAACAAGCUAGGAAAAAAAUUCCUUCUUGACCCCAGAAUGGCAGUCAGAUUUAUCCUUGGAUCAAGCAGUUAUUACCCUACAUUGAAAGAUUAUAUCCUUGAAUAUUCUGUUCUUGCAAGUAUGCAUCUAGUAGCCGUUUGAACAUCUGUAUGGACUCUGAUAAAACCACUUCCUCAGGCAGAGAAUUCCACAUCCUGAUUGUUCUUACAGUAAAAAAACCUUUCCUUUGCCUUAGACGAAAUCUUCUUUCUUCCAGUCUAAACGCAUGGCCUCGUGUCCUAUGUAAAGUCCGGUUUGUGAAUAGAUUUCCACACAAUGGUUUGUAUUGGCCCCGAAUAUAUUUGUAUAAUGUUAUCAUAUCCCCUCUCAGGCGACGUUUUUCUAAACUAAAUAGGUUUAAAUUUGUUAACCUUUCUUCAUAGCCGAUAUGUUCCAUUCCUUUUAUUAAUUUUGUAGCCCGCCUCUGCACUUUUUCUAGUGCCAUAAUAUCCUUCUUUAGAACAGGUGCUCAAAAUUGCACAGCAUAUUCAAUAUGGGGUCUUACCAGUGAUUUAUAAAGAGGCAAAAUUAUAUUCUUGUCCCGAGAAUGAAUGCCCUUUUUCAUGCAUGACAACACCUUACUGGCCUUGGCCACUGCUGAUUGACAUUGCACAUUGUUGCAUAGUUUGUUGUCUAUAACAAUUCCCAAGUCCUUUUCAUGUGUUGUUAUCCCUAAUUCGCUUCCAUUAAGGGUAUACGUUGCUUGUGUAUUCUUUACGCCGAAGUGCAUAACUUUGCAUUUUUCAACAUUAAAUUUCAUCUGCCAUUUGAGUGCCCAGUCUCCCAGUCUAUCCAAAUCCCUCUGCAGCAAAGCAACAUCUUGCUCACAUUGUAUCGCUCUACAAAGUUUUGUGUCAUCUGCAAACACUGAAACAUGACUUUCAAUGCGGUCUUCAAGAUCAUUUAUAAACAUGUUAAAUAGAAGGGGUCCCAGAACAGACCCCUGAGGGACACCACUUGCCACCUCUGUCCAGCUUGAAAAUUUACCAUUAAUGACAACUCUUUGUACUCUGUUUUUAAGCCAAUGUUCUACCCAAGAACAAGCAUUUUCAUCUAGACCGAUUUCCUUGAGUUUGAACACUAAUCUAUUGUGUGGAACUGUAUCAAAUGCCUUGGCAAAAUCCAAAAAGAUCACAUCCACGGCAACACCCUGAUCUAUACUUCUACUUACUUCUUCGUAGAACGCAAUCAAUUUACUUCAGAAUAACACAUGUUUAACCUUGAUAAAUAUGAUCCCUGGUGGUUUAUUACACAUAAUAAUACAUAGUUUAAUGCACAACGCUACAUAAAAAAAAAAUCUCUCUUUCAGGCCUAAACAUUUCAAAUUGCUUGAUGAUCAAAAGCAAAUACUUCAUUGAGAAAUGAUGUUAUAUAAAAAGUAAACACAGGGUGGCAGUAUUACUCUGUAUAUUACUUUCAAACUUUACAGGCGUGCAAUUUAGCUAGGUUGCUAUAUUGGACACUUCAUACUUUUACCAAGUGUUUUUUAUUCUUUAUUUUGUAAAUUUUAUAUUUUUAUAAGGAAAUAUUACAUUUAGGAAGUGUUUUGUAUGGAAAUUGCAUAAUUGCAUGAAAUUACAGAAAUAAAAGAAAAAUUAACAUGAAUUGCUUCAUUAGAUACGUUUACAGGACCACGUGCUUUAUUAAGAGAUGUUCAUUGCUUCACAAUUCGAAUACAAUGCUGUGUGUACAGCACAUAGUGCACAGGAAUAUGUGUCUGUAAUAGUCAGUGGUGGGACUAAUGAAGAGAGGGUCCUGCUGCAUGAAAUUGUUUUGGAACCCCCUCUAGCUCAAGGGUGGCCAAAAGGUAUAUCCCCAUCUAUCGUACAACUCCCAUGAUACAAUAAAAGCUUGGCAUCUACCAUUUGCCCAUCCUUGCAGGGUUGUAUUAGUGUGCAGAUUUGUGUGUUUGAAUGUAAUCGUGUGUGUGUGUAUCCACAUGUGUAUUUGUAUGUACUCUUGCAAUGCAGUGAAGGACUGUGUUUGUAUAGAAUUUUGGCGAUUGACUUUAGGGGUGUGUUUGUAUGUAAUGUUGGCAUUUGAUUGCAGGGGUGUGUUUGCAAGUAGUAUUGUCGUUUACUUGGAUGUAUAUGCACAUACACUGCCACACAUAUACAGUAUUUUCUGGCAUAUAAGAUGACUUUUUAACCCUGGAAAAUCUUCUCCAAAGUAGGGGGUUGUCUUAUACGCCGGGUAUAGGGUCUAUAUAGCUGCCGGGGGCGCCCUGCGCCCCCAUCGCCGGCCCUUCUAAUGCUGCAGCCGCCUGAGUGCUCUAUAGAGAGCGCUCAGACGGCUGCCGCACUGCUUCUUUUCUCACCUCCCCUUCCCUGUGCAGAAUGGGUGGCCGAGCUCCUCUUCGUCCUGUCAGUCCGGCCGGGUACCGCGCGGUACAGGAGAUUCAGUUACCUGUUCCCUGUCGGACUGAAAGGAAGUGCACACUGAGUGCUCACUUCCUUUCAGUCCGGCCGGGAACAGGUAACUGAAUCACCGGACACCGGACUGACAGGACGAAGAGGAGCUCGGCCACCCACUCUGCACAUGGAAGGGGAGGUGAGAAGAACGUAGGGAAGGGGGGUGGAGUAAAAAGAAUAUAUCGCAAUUAGCCGCCUGUGUGCUAGACCAGCAGGCAUGGAUUAUAUGCCCAAACAGCCUGGCACAUACCUGGGCUUUAAAUGCUAUUUCAGAAUAUCAUUAUUUAAUGUCUUGCUGUGUAGCUCUGUCUGCUCACUGUACAUCAUGGCUAAUUUUUAUUUGGUGUGCAUUGGAAGAGGGGAAGUCUUAUACGGCGAGUAUAUCCCAAACUCUAUAUUUUGACUGGAAAAGUUGGGGGUCGUCUUAUCAACCCAGUCGUCUUAUACGCCGGAAAAUACAGUAUAUAUAUACACCCACCCCCACCCCUUCUGUUAAUACACAUUUUAUGUGCAGAAGCAUGACUUCUUUGGUGUUGUGGGGCUAGAACUUGCUCUCCCUUCCCCUGUCUGUGCCUCCUUCUCUCUCCUUCCACUGUGGCGCUCUACCUGUAUCUGGGACGUAGUGACCUGCACUCACUUCCUCCAUGCUGCUACACCAGGGGGCCGGUAGCCCUGUUAAGGCUGAGCCCAGUGGCGUACACAUGACCCAUGGGGCCCCGGUGCGAAAAUUGAUCCAUGGGCCCCCACCCCACCCCCGCGCUUACUCGGCGCAGGUUGGGGCCGCAACACAUGGCAGUGGGCACCUGGUCGCAGGGGUUGCAGGGCUGCGACCCCGCGACCGCGGUAUGCACACACACUUAAAGGACCACUACAGACACCCAGAUCACAUCAGCUCAAUGAAGUGGUCUGGGUGCCAGGUCCCUCUAGUUUUAACCCUGCAGCUGAAAACAUAGCCGUUUCAUAGAAACGGCUAUGUUUCACUGAGGGUUAAUCCAGCCUCUGGUGGCUGUCUCACUAGCAGACACACACCCAAUAACAGACACACUCACUGACACACACAUGAACACAAACACACACACUAACACACAAACUAACACACAAACACACACACUAACACAAUCACACACACUAAUACACACACUAACACAAACACACACACUAACACACAAACACACUAACACACAAACACACACACUAACACAAUCACACACACUAAUACACACACUAACACACACACACACACACUAGCACACUAACACACACACACACUAACACACACACACACACUAACAUUUUUUUUUUUAUUUAAUCCCCCCAGCCUCCUUACCUUUUGGAGUGCUGGGGGGAUUCCCUGGGGUCCAGUGGUUCUGCUCACCCUGGCGGGCUGGGUGGCCGGUCGGGCAGGCAGGCGGGCGCGCGAGGGAGCACUCAGUGCUUCCUCUUCAGCUCCCUCGCGCGCCGCGUAGGGAUGCCGGCGCCGGAAGAUGACGUCAUCUUCCGGCUCCGGCAUCAGUGCGGUGCGCGAGGGAGCUGAAGAGGAAGCACUGAGUGCUCCCUCGCGCGCCCGCCCUGCCCGACCGCCGCCCGGGUCAGCAGGGCCAGCCUCAGGGGGGGCCUGGGGUGGCCGGCUCCUGGGCCCCCCAGGGGAAGAGGCUGGCCCUGUGGCUACAUACCGGGUCGCUGCCGCGACCCCUGCGACCCUGGUAUGUACGCCACUGGCUGAGCCUCUGUUCAGCAAUACCCAUUGAGUGGCCCUAAGUUCCUGGGCCAGACGAUGGGCCCCUGAAGCAUCGGGGUCCCGGUGCAGCAGCACUGACGGUAGUUCCACUGCUGCUAAUAGUGAUACAUGUGAUGGGAAACUUUUUUGUCCAAAAUGCUUUUAUUAUUUAAAAAAAUAUAUAAAGUGUUCAUAGGCGUGCGCAGCCUAUUGCAUUAGGGUGUGCACCCUAAAGCACAAACACACGCCGCAUGUAUAUGUAUGUAUAUACACACAUAUAUACACUGCUGUGUGUGUGUGAGGGUGCUGGUAGUGUGCUAUGUGGAUGAGGGUGUUUGUGUGUUUGUUAGGGUGCUGGUAGUGUGCUGUAUGUGAUGGUGUUUGUGUGUGUUAGGGUCCUGUUAGUGUGCUGUGUGUGGGUGCUGUGUGUGUGAGGGUGCUGUUUGUGUGGUGUGUGUGUGUGUGUGUUUGUGAGGGUGCGGUUAGUGUACUGUGUGUGUCAGGGUGCUGUAUGUGUACUGUAUGUGUGUGGGUGCUGUAUGUUUGGAGGGUGCUGUUAGUGUGAUGUGUGUGUGUGUGAGGGUGCUGGUAGUGUGCUAUGUGGAUGAGGGUGUUUGUGAGGGUGCUGGUAGUGUGCUGUGUGUGAGGGUGCUGUGUGUGUGGGUGUCGUGUAUUUGUGAGGGUGCUGUUUGUGAGGGUGCAGUUAGUGUACUGUGUGUGUCAGGGUGCUUGAUGUGUACUGUAUGUGUGUGGGUGCUGUAUGUGUGUGUGUGCUGUAUGUUUGGAGGGAUUGUGGAGGUGGGGGCAGAUUAGUAAAUAUCCCCCCUCCCUUUUUACCUUAUGUCAUGUGCCAUCCCUGGUGGUCCAGUGGAGAGUGAACUCUAGCCUGCGGGGCUAGAGUUAACUCUCACGAGAUCUGAGCGUUGCCGUGGCAAUGCUCAGAUCUCGGAAGAGGAACCUGGCGGAGCUGCUGUCUAGAGCUCCCCAGGUCCUCUCCUGCCUCCCUCCAUGCUGCUGUGGGCCAGUGCGGUAGAUCUUUGAUCGCCCCACCGGCCCAUGGAGGCUUAGAGUAGAGCUGGCACUGAGAUAGCACCGGCUUUGCGUGAGCCGACAGGGGAGAUCCGGAGAUCUCCAAUGCCGACAGGGUACGAGUCCUGGGGAAUAAAGUGUGGGAACUCUCCCAAGAUUCCCACCCCGCCCCCAAAAAAAUUAUACACUCGUGUGUGUGAGUGUGUGUAUGUAUAUGUGUGUAUGUAUAUGUAUAUAUAUAUAUAUAUGUAUAUGUAUAUAUAUAUAUAUAUAUAUAAAAAAAAAAAAAAAUUACAACGUGUGCUGGCACUCAAUUACAUAUAGGUGCCGGUAUUCGAGGUUAACCCCAAAGACAACCUCCAAACAACAAUCCUAAAAACUAUAUAAUGAAUACCGCACUCAAAUAGUAAUAAUUGAUACUAGAAGUUAUUGCUGUGAAAAUUUCAUGAUAUUUAUUCUAAAUAAAGUUAUAUAGAGUAUGAUAAUAGAAAUGUUCAUUUCAUCCUGAGUACACCAAUUAUAUACAUUGAAUAUAUACAAUAUAUACAGUAUAUACAGAAUAUUCCAUAUAUUGGAUAGAGUUCAUCUAAUGUGUAUACACUUGGUGAAAAUUCAUUGAAAAAUUGUUGAAAAUACUGAAAAAAUGAAAAAUAUGAAAAAAUGAAACAGAUAAGAAAAUGAAAAAAAUAAAAAAUAAUGAAAAUAAUGAAAAAAUCCCCAAUCCAAAACAGAAAAAAGGAAAGGGGAAAUAAAAAGAAAAUAAGGGAUGGAAAAAAGGAAAAAAAGAAAAAAUGAAAAAACAAGCAAAAUAAUCUGAAAGUCCUGGUAGUCCAAUAUAGUGCACUAUAUAUAGCUAUAUCUGGAUAGAUCUCACCAAUUGUAGAAAUCUUUUUCUUGGUGUACCAAAUCAAAGUUGUAAUCAGAUGAUGAUCUAAACGAAGGUGAAGGUAAUAGUAGUUGUAACAAACGGACAGUCACUCCAUCAGCUCCCAGUUGGUGUGUGGUCAGAAGCAGCUCCCAGUGGGUAUGUGGUCUGAACGAACGGCAAUGAACUAAUGCAGGCAAUCCAGUCUAGGGACGGGCUGCGCGCUCGGGACUUAACUGUCCCUUCGACGGCCCCUGUGUUCUGUCAAGCAAGGUAGAAAAUUGUUUAAAUACCUGUUUUUGGCGGCAAAACAUAGCCGCAUCCACUCCAUAGUAUUCGCCCACUUCCGCAUUGUGACGUCAGCGAACGUUGCUGCGUCAUGCGUUCUCUAUACAACUUUAUUAAUUACUUAACAUUGUGUGACACACAAACUUAGUAAAGAUGCAUAAUAGAAAGAUUGUUCACCCAAUAGUAUGAUACAUAUAAUUGAAGGGGAAACAAUGAAGUGAAUGCAUAUUUAUACAAACGGUUGUGGUUACAGAUGAACUGCCAUAAGCUUCAUAUAGUACACAUUAAAAAUUAUUAAUUUUUAAAUAUUAAAUUACAUGAAUAUUAAACAAACCCAAAAUGAAAAAUUAUAAAUGUCUGACAUUUAUUUUAAAGCUCACCUGUUAAUGCUGAUCAAGGAGAAAGAUUGUAAGAAAAAAAUCGAUAUGAACCAGUUGGACAACCAGCUGGAUAAAUAAAAAGAAAAAAAGAAAAAAGAAAAAGACACAACAUUUGUCAUUAUUCCAGAUAAUAAAAAAUGCAUGAAACUAGAAAAGUUAUGAAAUACUACCAAAAAAAGGAGAGGAGAGAUCCAUAUGUGCAACUCACCUGCCACGCAAUACCCCAUAGUGCCCGAGGGCCAUACACGUGAGGGACCCUGUGUCACUAGCAGGUAGCGGACCCCAAGCUGAGUCAAAAUGUCGGCAGGAAAGAACUACGGACCAACAUUGGUCAAGAGGAACCACUGUAAGGAGCACAAAAUCAUAGAGCAGACAAUCAUAAAUAUACACUUAUAAAAAAUGUUUAAGGUCAUAGUCCUCAUUGAGUCCUAGUGGUGACAAAGUCUCCAGAGUACUUAUCCAUUUCGUCUCUCUCUGAAGUAAAAGCUUCUGUCUGUCUCCACCCCUGCGUAGUGGUGGGAUUCUGUCUAUGACUUGAAACCUCAAUUGGUUUACAUUAUGGCCAUGCAACUUAAAGUGCCUUGGUACUGGAGCUUCCACUUUAUUAUGUUGAAAUGCUGCCCUAAUGCUCCUUUUGUGUUCCCCUAUCCGCUCUUUCACUGGCCGGAUGGUCUCCCCCACAUAUAAAAGCCCACAGGGACACUUAAGGGCAUACACGACAAAGUCCGAGUUGCACGUAUAAAAAUCCUUAACGAAAAUUUUUUUUCCUGACCGAGGGUGAACAAAAUAUUCCCCCUUGAUCACGCUAUUACAGUGUGAGCAAUUGAGACAUGGAAAAGUACCCUUCUUGGGUUCUGAAAAGAAUCUGGUUUGUUUUUUAAAACUGCCAAUGUCUGACCUCACUACAACAUCUCUCAGGUUCGAGGCUCUCUGAUAUGAAAAAAGCGGAGGAUGCUGGAAUAUCGAAGGUAAUUGGGCAUCUCCCUGAAAUAAUUGCCAGUGUUUCAAUAUGACUCGUCUUAUAUCCCUAUUAAGUGGAGUAUAAGGUGUCACUAAUGUAAGCCUUUCUAUUUUGUUUUUUGCUCCUGUACCUGAGAGAGUUUCCUGACGGGACAGGGUUUCAACUUUCUGUCGCUGAUUAUCUACUAUAUGUGUGGGAUAGCCCCUCUCUAAGAAUUUUUUAGCCAUAAAGUCUAAACCUGUCAUCACUUUGUCUUCCUGUGAUACUAUCCUCUUUACUCUUAACAGUUGGCUAAACGGUAAACCAUUCUUGAGGUGAGUUGGGUGGAAACUAGCAUACGUCAAUAAGUUAUUUCGGUCAGUAGGUUUUAUAUAUAAGUCACUAUGAAGACAAUUCUGUACUCUCUGUACUUGUACAUCUAGAAAAGGAACCGUAAUCAUGUCACAAUACAUAGUGAAUUUAAUAUUGACAUCUUGUGUAUUUAAUGACUCAAAAAAGUCCUGCAAUUGGGCCCUCGUGCCGCUCCAACAGACAAACACAUCAUCAAUAUAUCUUUUCCAAACUAAGCAUUUGACGAAUAAAGGAUGCUGAUAAAUACAAGUUUCUUCCAUUCGAUUCAUAUAAAUGUUUGCAUAUGUUGGAGCGACAUUCGAGCCCAUGGCUGUACCUUUAAUUUGUUUGUAGUAUCUGUCCCCAAAUAGGAAAUAAUUUUCUGUUAGAAUGAAAGUCAGUAAUUCCCUAAUGUAUUUUCUAGUAUCCCUUUGCUGGGUUAAUCUAGGAUCUUUAUCCAGUGUCCACUCAACUGCCUCAAUCCCUCUUUCGUGAUCAAUAGAAGUAUAUAAAGACUGAACGUCCAUGGUCACCAGCCAAAAGUCACCUGGUGGAACCUGUAUGUCUGCUAAUAGUGUGAGGAACGUAGUAGUGUCCUUAAGGUAGGAUUUCUGUAGCGAGACAUAUUUAAUCAGAAAUUUAUCGAGUAUCUCUGCCGGAUGUUGAAAUAUAGACCCAGUUCCACUGACUAUUGGUCUACCUGGGGGAAAGAGGGGAUUCUUAUGAAUCUUUGGAAGUGUAUAGAACACUGGGAUUCUAGGGUAUUAUAUACGCGUGCACACACACACUCACACAUACACUCAUAGACACACACUCAUACAUUCACAGACACACAUACACAUACACUCACAUUCACAGACACACACACACACACACUGACACAUAUGCACUCAUAGACACACACAUACUUAGACACACACACACUCACAAAUUAUUAUUUUUUUAAUUAAAAAAUGUCCACCCAGCCUCCCUACCUGGAGAGCUGGCGUGGACCUGUCCCUGGGGUCCAGUGGGUCGGGUGCCUAUCUCCAUAUCAGGCGCGGCGAGGGAGCUGUGUUCUCUCUGCUCCCUCUCGCCGCGCGGGGUGUCUACAGUAGCUGGGAGCCGGAAUAUGACUCUCUGCACAAUAACAAUUUAAAUAAUCUCUCUCUACCAACCUCUGCUAACUGUCAAGAGGAUUAUUAAAGUCAGUUGGUACUUUUUCCAAUUUCUAUCAAAAUAUUUGUCAAAACAACAAAUUAAAAAUGCUGCCACUCUGUUGUUGGGUUUCUUAUUUUUAAAGAUUUUCAAUUACUACAGACAUAAUUCUUCUUCAGUUUUUGAAUUACUAUGUAUGACUAUGUAUGAUUAUCCAAGGAAGAUAUAGAAACAUGUUAUUUUUCACAUUUGGGAGUAAUUAAGAAUACACACCACGUUGGCUAUUUUACAGAGGAUUAAUAUAUCUCUGUGCCCAUGUCCUUUGUUUUGUAUAUGGUGUUGUGGGACAUUGGAAGGGGGGGUCCUAAAUUAAAAAUCCAUUAAUUCAGAUUAAUAUCACUUUCAAUGACAUUCCAAAGCAGUCCAGAGAUACCAUAAGACAAAGUAGAGAGUACCGACCUUGCUCUUGGCAACCUAAAUGAUCAGGAGCCGAAGAGGACAGCAGGACGAAGAUGGCGGCGGAGGCCGAGAGAGACAGCCUGAGGUAAGUAAAACUUACUUCCCCUUCCCUCUUUGGUUACUAGACCCACAUCGGAUUUGUUUAUUGCAGGGGUCUAUGUGAAAUAUGCAAAGACCCCAGAAAAUGACAGAACCCACUUUAACAAGGUUUGGAUUUUGCAGAUCAGGCUCAGAACAACCCUGAAUUUGGCCUGGAUUUUAGCAAGACCUUUCAGAGCAGGAUGAAAUUCGGCACCGGGGGUAAACAGUCUACCCCCCACCCCCCUGUUAUUUUGCAUCUUUGACUUUUUAAAGACCUGGCAGCAAUGGCUGCCCUGCCACCUAUAAAUGUACAUAAUGCUAGAAUUAUUUAACCAUUAAAUAAGUAAAUAAUGCUGGCAUUCUCUUUAUGUGACACAUUUUGGAAAAACAUUUUUGUUGCGAACUAAAAUCAUUUAGUAAAAUGAUAUAUCGUCUCUUUUAUAUUUUGCAGUAAAUAAGUAUAUAACAUUACAUACUGAUCAAAGAUUCCAGUCUUAUUACCUACUGCGGUGCUAUUACUUAUUUUACUAGUCUGAUGAUUAGAAAAAGAGAUUUUGGUCUGAAAAUGUUGGCUUUCUGAGCUUUAAUAAUGCUUUUAAUCAGGGCCGCCACCAGAAAUUUUGGGGCCCCUAACUCAGCUCGGGGUCUGGGCCCACCUCCAAUCCCGCCCACAGGGUCCACCUCCAAAUCCCGCCCACAGGAAUACACACACAGACACAAAAACACACACUGAUACAAAAGGACACAGAUACACACAGAUAGAUACUAACAGACACACAUACUGAAACAGACAUACACACAUAUAGGCAUACAUACUGACACACACAUACUGAGACAUACACAUAUAUACAGACACAUACUAACAUACAUACAGACACACAUGCAUGAGGACAUACACAUACAUACACCGACAUACAUACACACAGACAUAUAUUCGUUCAUAUAGACACUGACAUCCAUACACACAUACAUACAUAAUGGCAUACAUUCAUACUGGCAUAUAUACAGACAUACAUAAUGGCAUACAUGCAUACUUACACAUGUUCAUAAUGACAUGCUGACAUACAUGCAUACAUACAGACAUACAUUCAUAUAUACAUACAUACAUAUGCGGUUUCCCAUAGAAAUGCAUUGAAAACCAAUUAAUCCGUUCUGGAGGUCAGAAAUAAGUCAAAAUGAGCUGGCAUAGAAACCAACCCACAAUGCAGAGCACAAUAAAAGGCAUGCAAACAACGAAGCUCAGCUCCCUACCUUUCCACAGCUUGAGAAAUGCACCAAAAAGUCCCAAAACAACUGCACACAAUAUCCAGAAUGGCUCCAAAAUGCGAUGCUAUAGACGCUCCAACACCUCCACACUAGACGCCACGUGCUACCCACCGGCUCCAGCAUGCAGAGGGCGGUGCUAUAAACCUCCCAGGUGCAAUACAUCCUGGGAAAACACACUUUGUAUUGUGAAAAGAAUUUGUAAACCGAGGCAUUAUUUUCAAUGGAUUUUGAUUUGUAAACCGAAAAUGAUGUUAACCGAGGCGUUUGUAAACCGAGGUCCCACUGUAUAUAUUUUUUAGUUAAGCAUUUCUUUUGUAAUAUUCAAGACACAACACUAGAGGGCGAUCUUUACCUAAUGGGGAAUAUGUGUAAAACUAGUGGAAUGCAUUUUAGAAAUGCUUCACUGUCUUUCAGUCGGUCGUGCGUUGGUUUUUUUUCUGUCGAUCAUUUGUCAAGAUAACCUUUAUUUCCAGUUAGGUUUCUUCAUUUAAAAGUGUACAGAAGGCUUAAAAACCUAAAGGCAGCACUCCUAAAGGAUAGGACUCCCUCACAGGCCCUAUAGGUAUGUAGGUAUAAGGAAGGAGAGAAAGGUGGCGCCACAGAGAUAAUAUAUAAUAUGAAAUAUAAGUAAGUAGUAAUAUAGAAAUAAACAAUGCCAUAUAAUACAGAGAGAGAACAAUAAAAAUAAUAGGUAUAUAUGUAUAUAUAAGAAAAAAAAUUAAAACAUUUAAAAAUAUAUACAUAUACACUGCUCAAAAAAAUAAAGGGAACACAAAAAUAACACAUCCUAGAUCUGAAUGAAUUAAAUAUUCUUCUGAAAUACUUUGUUCUUUGAAUGUGCUGACAACAAAAUCACACAAAAAUUAAAAAAUGGAAAUCAAAUUUUUCAACCCAUGGAGGUCUGGAUUUGGAGUCACACUCAAAAUUAAAGUGGAAAAACACACUACAGGCUGAUCCAACUUUGAUGUAAUGUCCUUAAAACAAGUCAAAAUGAGGCUCAGUAGUGUGUGUGGCCUCCACAUGCCUGUAUGGCCUCCCUACAACGCCUGUGCAUGCUCCUGGUGAGGUGGCAGAUGGUCUCCUGAGGGAUCUCCUCCCAGACCUGGACUAAAGCAUCUGCCAACUCCUGGACAGUCUGUGGUGCAACGUGACGUUGGUGGAUGGAGCGAGACAUGAUGUCCCAGAUGUGCUCAAUUGGAUUCAGAUCUGGGGAACGGGCGGGCCAGUCCAUAGCAUCAAUGCCUUCGUCUUGCAGGAACUGCUGACACACUCCAGCCACAUGAGGUCUAGCAUUGUCUUGCAUUAGGAGGAACGCAGGGCCAACCGCACCAGCAUAUGGUCUCACAAGGGGUCUGAGGAUCUCAUCUCGGUACCUAAUGGCAGUCAAGCUACCUCUGGCGAGAACAUGGAGGGCCGUGCAGCCCCCCAAAGAAAUGCCACCCCACACCAUUACUGACCCACUGCCAAACCGGUCAUGCUGGAGGAUGUUGCAGGCAGCAGAACGUUCUCCACGGCGUCUCCAGACUCUGUCACGUCUGUCACAUGUGCUCAGUGUGAACCUGCUUUCAUCUGUGAAGAGCACAGGGUGCCAGUGGCGAAUUUGCCAAUCUUGGUGUUCUCUGGCAAAUGCCAAACGUCCUGCACGGUGUUGGGCUGUAAGCACAACCCGCACCUGUGGACAUCGGGCACUCAUACCACCCUCAUGGAGUCUGUUUCUGACCGUUUGAGCAGACACAUGCACAUUUGUGGCCUGCUGGAGGUCAUUUUGCAGGGCUCUGGCAGUGCUCCUCCUGUUCCUCCUUGCACAAAGGCGGAGGUAGCGGUUCUGCUGCUGGGUUGUUGCCCUCCUACGGCCUCCUCCAUGUCUCCUGGUGUACUGGCCUGUCUCCUGGUAGCGCCUCCAUGCUCUGGACACUACGCUGACAGACACAGCAAACCUUCUUGCCACAGCUCGCAUUGAUGUGCCAUCCUGGAUGAGCUGCACUACCUGAGCCACUUGUGUGGGUUGUAGACUCCGUCUCAUGCUACCACUAGAGUGAAAGCACCGCCAGCAUUCAAAAGUGACCAAAACAUCAGCCAGGAAGCAUAGGAGCUGAGAAGUGGUCUGUGGUCACCACCUGCAGAACCACUCCUUUAUUGGGGGUGUCUUGCUAAUUGCCUAUAAAUUCCACCUGUUGUCUAUCCAAUUUGCACAACAGCAUGUGAAAUUGAUUGUCACUCAGUGUUGCUUCCUAAGUGGACAGUUUGAUUUCACAGAAGUGUGAUUGACUUGGAGUUACGUUGUGUUGUUUAAGUGUUCCCUUUAUUUUUUUGAGCAGUGUAUAUAUAUAUAACAGUCCAAAAAGAGUCCAGUAAAACCUUUGGAUGAGAGAACAAUCACAGUUCUAUCUGAGGUAGAGACGUCUAUAGAGUAGUGGGAUUGAGGGUUCAUGGGAUCUGUAUGAAAGAGAAAAGAAAAUCUAAUAGUGCAAUAAAACCCAAAUAGGUAGCAGCCGAUAAAAGAGGUCUAUAUGGUUCUACUCACGUUUUUGAGAGCUAAAAACUAGCUUUAGUAUAAACAGCGUACAGUAGUAUAAUUCCCAUUUAUGGGAUACAUGAGGGAGUGUCGUAAGUAGAUAUCUCAUCAGAUGGGGACCAUAUGUUAUAUAAAAAACAACAAUAGAGCUCACUGUGAUAAAACCUGGAGAGUGUAUAAAAAUACCAAACGGUUACUCACAAUUAAUUGGGAAGACGCACUGCUCAAUGGUAGGGCGUAAGUGGUAUAAUCCCCACCAAGAAUGCUUUGGAGUAUUAUCUCUCUGGAACAAGUAAAACUCAGAUGCCAGGUAGUAAAAUAAUAAAAACGGUUAAAAAGAUAAAACGGCUAACUCACAACAAAAAAAGUGGCCAAAAUACCUUUAUUAAAAUAGUUAGUUAAAAUUUCCACAACGUUUUUUAUCCACUUGAGAAAGCCCUAAGUGGAGAAACGCGUUGUGGAAAUGUUAACUAACUGUAUUUUAAUAAAGGUAUUUUGGCCACUUUCUCUGUGGUGCCACCUUAUUAUCAAUGAAUAUCCAGGAAAAAAACAUCCCUUUAAUACCCUGCCUUAGCAGCAUUCAAAAAAUGAUGAAUGUUAAAUGAGGAUAAAAAAUUUUUUUUUGCAAAACUAAAUUUGGAAAAUUUAAUUAAAAAUGUUAUACUUCAAAACAUGAAGUUAAUGGAAGCAAAAAAAAACAAACUUGCCAUGCAAAAAAAACCCUGCAUUAGUGGCAGAAAUGUAUUUUUCUUCAAAUAAUCACUUCCAUUUUUUGCUUUUUAAAAAAAAAAAUAUAUUGAUAACACCAAAAACAAUCUCCCCCCCACCCCCCCAAAAAAAUACAAGGUCCAAAAUCAUCCAACAUAAAAUGUUGGCACAGACACAAAGGGUAAUGCUCUAAGUCCAUUCUUCAUAUUUCACAUUUAAAAAAAAAAAAAAAAAAGAAAUUCUUCUUAUUCAUUCAAUUUGGGGGUUAGUUUACUGAACCCUCAUCUGGAGUGGAAAAAAACAUAAUUUAGACCAAAAUAAAUCUGACUCAGUUAGGGCUUGACUAUUUUUGCCUACAUUUUGUGAUAUGGUUCAAAAGUCAAUACAAGUGUGACUAGUGACUGUCUGACUGUAUCCAAACGUUUUUUAAAUUAUUUGUGAGCAUAAUUAAUAGGUGCAAAACACCAUCCCACUAGCAUUUUUUUCGUUUCAUACAUGGGGGCGGGAAGGCAACAUUUCCACCUGUUACAGUAAAUUCUAACCUGCCUUACACAUCCCAGAGGAGGAUAAACCCUAAAUACCAUGCUCUAUACCUCUCACUAAACUAACAUUUGAAGGGACAUUCUAAUCAGCCUAACCACUUCAGUGUGCCCCACAAUUAAAUAUCACAUUUAGGAAUACUUUGACAUAAAUGGGGGCUCUUCCCAGUGCCUGCUGACCUCUUCGUCCUUGGUCGCAUUGAAAACCUGGAAUAAACACUUUUGCAUUACGGAUGUCAAUCUCAUCGAACCUGCAUGAGAGUGAAUUAUACAGGGUUAUUUCGCUAAACUGAGAAAUGCCAAGGAAUUCAUUGUGAAUAUCAUAUAGGCCAAAGCAACCAAACUAAACACAUUGUAGUUAACAAGGCUUUCUUUUCAGCUAUUUUGGCCUUACAUUUGAAAUUUACUUUGAAUUUGAUUUGAAUUUUCAGCAAUUCCUCCCUUUAGUAAAAAGCCCUGUGAAAGUAAACGACGGUAAGACAUUGACGGUCUAGGAGAGAAAAGGCUGCAUUUCAAAUUUAAACACUGUCCGACCCAGGAUGUAUGUAUAUGGCUGAAGGAUCCUGACGUACACUGAAGGUAAGGAUGAGAUUUUCAAAUUUUAUUUACAUAUGCUUCAUUUAACACAGAGUCUAUUUCAUUUCAAAACUUGAUGAAAGGAUCAUUAUAUUAAAAAAAAUCUAUGCUCUCUUAAAUGCUCUCAUAGACAGGAAAUAUAUGGUACAAAAACUAGAUUCCUUUGAAUAUACCAAUGAUAAGCCCCAUUGUUACAAAAGGAGGUAAGUGGGCAGGAUGGAAAGUUACCGUUAGAUACUCUCAUUAUUUUGAUCUUAGUUACUAGAGUGCUCUAAAAGUGAGCUAAAAAGUGACAGUUUCUCUAUAGUAAAUUCUGCCAGUUUUCACAGAAAUUUCUGUUUCGGAACACCACCAAAUUUAAAGUGGAGGAAAGAAAAGAGAAGUGAAACAGAACAGAAUUUAAAAGCCUGUUGCAUCUCCCAAGUUCAUGGCAUACAUUUAAUAAUGACAGUUUGGGCGCCCCAAAAAAAUAAAAUAAAGCAACAGGUGAAUAAAAUAUCUGGCAGAUUAUAUAUAUAUAUAUAUAUAUAUAUAUAUAUACACACACAUAAACAAAGCUUGGACUGCACUCACGGUCUUCCAAUACAAAAAACUCUUUAUUUCAUCAAAUCAGCAAAUCGACGUUUGCGGACCAAAACAUCGAUUUGCUGAUUUGAUGAAAUAAAGAGUUUUUUGUAUUGGAAGACCGUGAGUGCAGUCCAAGCUUUGUUUAUGUGAAUAUCAACUUCCCCAGAAGACUGGCACCCGGCAAGUAAAAGCUAUUUGCUAUUAACAAUAUUUAGCUUGAGUGCAAGGACUUUUGUAUAUUUUUAUGUAUAUAUAUAUAUAUUUUUUUUUUUCCCAUAAUAAUAAUAAUAAUAAUAAUUGUAUAUAUAUAUAAUUAAUACAUCUCCCCUACUGUAUCUGUGAUUUUGUCUGUGGCUGUUUGUGUGUCUGAGAAUGUCUGUUAGAGCAUCUGAAUGUCCAGUAGUGUGUAUGUGUGAAAAUGUUCCCAAAAGUAUCUGAAUGUGUCUAUAGGAGUGUCAGAGUAUAAGUGUAUGUAUGAGUGUGUAUACAUAAUAGUGUAAAACAGUAGAGUAACCUGAUUGUCUGAGUGUCUAUCUGUGAGUGUUUGUGAAAAUAUGUGUAAGACUGUGUCUACAAGAGUGGGAUAAAGAUUGUGCAUUACUGUCUAAGAAUGCUUCUAAUGGUCUGUUAGUAAGUAUAUCUGAUAUGAUUGAUGUUAUUUAUUGCCUGAUUCUAUCUGAGCAGACUAUACUUAGCACAAAGGCAAUAUGUGAUAUACAAAAUACAAAAAGCAUGCUAAUUUUGAAACUGCUCGAACAGGAUAAAGAGAGCAUACGUGUCUUGCUUGCCAGCAAUCACCUAAAGUGUUAAUGAGUUUCCAAACAGUGAACCAUGCUUUCAAAAGCCUGUAAUAUAGAACUGAUGGCAUGAAAGGGCAGUGACUCAGUGUAUAUAUUGCUCUAGACUUGUGUGUGUAUACAAUGAUGUGUUUAUAUCACUCAUUGUUUGAUGGAGUCCCCCGAGGUUUCAUGCAAAGGCUCCUAAAUUUGAAAAGAAGAGACAAGGGCUCACAUUUCAUUUACUUAAAGAGAUGAUUUUCAGGCCAUCUAAAGUCACACAUACGAGCAAUCCUCUGUAAAAUUAUCUUUAUUCUAGACACUCUGAGCACUUCUACAACCAUUUGUUUCCAAAGCUGUUUUUUUAAUGUUUUUUUCCUGUAGAUCAGUAUGUUUUAAACAUUUCUGUAAGUUCCUCCUAAUAACGUAUUUUUCUAACCAGUAGUACCUAAGGUCAACUUUUUGUUAAACAAGUUCCUCCAUUAUAUUCUGAAAUUAGCAGCCAGGAGCAGAUGAUGGACAUCCACUGUUGUUCUAAUAUGUUGAUCAGUGGGAUUUGGAACCACUUGGAACAAUGUUAAUAAUUACCCACCUACCUCAAGGCACAUGGGAUAAUUAAGAGGGUUAUAUAUGAAUUCUUCUUCUUAGUAGGAUUAGGCAACUCUUUACGAUAAUACAUUGGGAUUGGAAAACAACUUGUAUUGACAUACAGAGAAGUGUUGAUAGCAACAAAAGAGGGCCAUGCUCAAAUGAUCUAAUUAUUAACCUUAUCAGCACAUCUGGUAAUAUAGCUCCAGCACUUACUGCUUUAUUAGCCCCAGCUCUCCAUAUGCACCAAGAGGAGGGAGUGGGAUGGCUCCUUGUCAGAGGGUCUAGAACACCCCACCAUUAUUUUCUUUACAUUUGGUGAAAAUGCAUACACCAAGCAUUGUGUGAACCUAAAUACACAAAUACGCUUACUCUUCUGUUGCGUGAAGCUACUCAGCCAGGAUAGCAGGCUAAAGAAAGCACAAUGAUAGGUGACUAUACUCAACUACAUCAUUUAUUCACUAAACCACAUGUUGACCCAAGUUGUAAUAAGUGUCAGCUAAACCUCAAGAAUUACUACCUUGGGUAUUUAUUUCCUUGGAACGGUUUCAGUGUUAAAGUAAAACUUUAGUGUUAGGAGUGCAAAGAUGUAUUCCUAACAGUAAAGGUGUCCCCCUCGGGUCAGGCUCUUCCUUCACCUACAGUUGUGAACCCUUUGGAAUGAUAUGGAUUUCUGCACAAAUUGGUCAUAAAAUGUGAUCUGAUCAUCAUCUAAGUCACAACAAUAGACAAUCACAGUCUGCUUAAACUAAUAACACACAAAGAAUGAAAUGUUGCCAUGUUUUUAUUGAACACACCAUGUAAACAUUCACAGUGCAGGUGGAAAAGUAUGUGAACCCUUGGAUUUAAUAACUGGUUGAACCUCCUUUGGCAGCAAUAACUUCAACCAAACGUUUCCUGUAGUUGCAGAUCAGACGUGCACAACGGUCAGGAGUAAUUCUUGACCAUUCCUCUUUACAGAACUGUUUCAGUUCAGCAAUAUUCUUGGGAUGUCUGGUGUGAAUCGCUUUCUUGAGGUCAUGCCACAGCAUCUCAAUCGGGUUGAGGUCAGGACUCUGACUGGGCCACUUCAGAAGGCGUAUUUUCUUCUGUUUAAGCCAUUCUGUUGUUGAUUUACUUCUAUGCUUUGGGUCAUUGUCCUGUUGCAACACCCAUCUUCUGUUGAGCUUCAGCUGGUAGACAGAUGGCCUUAAGUUCUCCUGCAAAAUGUCUUGAUAAACUUGGGAAUUCAUUUUUCCUUCGAUGAUAGCAAUCCGUCCAGGCCCUGACGCAGCAAAGCAGCCCCAAACCAUGAUGCCCCCACCACCAUACUUCACAGUUGGGAUGAGGUUUUGAUGUUGGUGUGCUGUGCCUUUUUUUCGCCACACAUAGUGUUGUGUGUUUCUUCCAAACAACUCAACUUUGGUUUCAUCUGUCCACAGAAUAUUCUGCCAGUACUGCUGUGGAACAUCCAGGUGCUCUUGUGCAAACUGUAAACGUGCAGCAAUGUUUUGUUUGGACAGCAGUGGCUUCCUCUGUGGUAUCCUCCCAUGAAAUCCAUUCUUGUUUAAUGUUUUACGUAUUGUAGAUUCGCUAACAGGGAUGUUAGCACUUGCCAGUGACUUUUGUAAGUCUUUAGCUGACACUCUAGGAUUCUUCUUCACCUCAUUGAGCAGUCUGUGCUGUGCUCUUGCAGUCAUCUUUACAGGACGGCAACUCCUAGGGAGAGUAGCAGCAGUGCUGAACUUUCUCCAUUUAUAGACAAUUUGUCUUACCGUGGACUGAUGAACAGCAAAGCUUUUGGAGAUACUUUUAUAACCCUUUCCAGCUUUAUGCAAGUCAACAAUUCAUAAUCAUAGGUCUUCUGAGAGCUCUUUUGUGCGUGGCAUCAUUCACAUCAGGCAAUGCUUCUUGUGAAAAGCAAACCCAGAACUGGUGUGUGUUUUUUAUAGGGCAGGGCAGCUGUAACCAACACCUCCAAUCUCAUCUCAUUGAUUGGACUGACAUCUCACUCCAAUUAGCUCUUGGAGAUGUCAUUAGUCUAGGUGUUCACAUACUUUUUCCACCUGCACUGUGAAUGUUUACACGGUGUGUUCAAUAAAAACAUGGCAACAUUUCAUUCUUUGUGUGUUAUUAGUUUAAGCAGACUAUGAUUGUCUAUUCUUGUGACUUAGAUGAUGAUCAAAUCACAUACUUUUUCUUGCAACUGUAUGUCAGAUGAUUUGGGUGGGGCGGUGCCUAAUGCUCAUGUCCUUUAACAUGUGGUAAAAUUCAUAUAAAUAUAAAAUAACACAUAUAAUUUGAAGAACAAGCAACAUGAUAAUGCCUCAAAUGUAUAACACAAUCACAACUUUUAAAACUAUGAAAAAACAUAGAUAUACAAAUGCAACUGAUCGGUUGUUUGCAAUUUCCUAAUUUGCAUAUUGUGUUUAUACAAAUCAAUGUAUUUGCCAGUUUCAGCAACAGAGGGCGAUGGAAAGUCAUCACAAGUCUGAAAAAAAAUCUUUUAAAACACGGGGAUCCAAACUGUGCAGCAAGAAGAGGCCAUCUUAACUAGUUUGUCUGAAACUGCAAUAUGUGCAGCCGCAGGGCUAAGGGGACAGGGACAGGGACAGUGCACCCAGACCACCUCAAUGAGAUGAAGAGGUCAGUGUGCCUUUACUGUCCCUUUAAAUUUGACUGGAUCACUUGGUGAAGCAAAUUGUAGUGUCUGUAUGUGGACACUGUGCCAAAACUUUACAAAGAUAUGGUCAAAUGCAGCAUGAAAGGCCUCCCUUUAGCCCUUCAAGGAAUCCGCCUUCAAGGUCGAUAGUGACAUAUGGUCUGCUGCCAUCUUGAGCCUUGACAGUUCACGCAGAUGUGGAUCACCCAGGUGAGAGCUAAGUAGUAAGGGUUGCAGUAGUGGGGAAUGGGGCAUGCUCACAAUCUGGCCAGCGAGAUCCCGUCAAAGAGGUCUGCCGCAACUCCCAGCCGGGUCCACGCUAGGCCACAAGUCAGGAAUGUCGGAACGCUGCAUCAGCCAUCCACCAGAAUGCCUCCACAAGAUGCCUGAUUCCUCUCAGACUUCACCUGGUAUCCACACAGUCCGGUAUAGCAGCUGUCGAGUCUCAAGUUCAGCGAUCCCGGGCAGAGCUUGUUGUUGCGGACCCGGGAACCCGACUCUUUACCUCCGCUAUACCUUCCUUCAGCUGCUCAGGAACCCUUACAACAAGCAGGUAUCCAUUUGCACCGGGUGCCUCCGUUCCCUGCCCCUCACACUGCCACUGGGGAACGAGACCAGUUGUUUCCAUUUCCUGGCCCUCACACUGCUGCUGGGGAACAAGACCGGUUGUCUCCAUUCCCUGGACCUCACACUGCCGCUGGGGAGGAAGGACCUCACACUUCUCUCCCUGUGAUGCACACUGCUGCUGGGGAACAAGACCGGGAGUCUUUGUUCCCUGGACCUCAAACUGCCGCUGGGGAGGAAGGACGGAACACUUCUCUCCUUGGGAUGCACACUGUUACUGGGGAACAAAACCGGGUGUCUCUGUUCCCAAUAACACACUCUGUCGCUGGGGAGAGAGACCGACUCUCUCUUCUCCCUGGCCCCCACGCUGCCGCUGGGGUGGAAGCAUGACACCCUUCUCUCCCUGUAAAGCACUCUGCAGCUGGGGAGAGAGACCGACUGUCUCUUCUCCCAAUAACACACUCUGACGCUGGGGAGAGAGACUGACUGUCUCUUCUCCAUGUACCUCACACUGCCACUGGGGAGGAAGGACGGAACGCUUCUCUCCGUGUGCUGCACUCUGCCGCUGGGGAGCGAGACCGGUUGUCUUCACUCCCAAUAACUUCCACUGCCGCUCUGCUUUGUGCUGCAGGUGCCUGGCCCCAAUAUUCCUUGUUUCCUGUACGUAUUCCUCAGCAGGGCUGGGUCCAUAGAAAGCCAGCAGCUUCGUCAGCAGAUUGUCAAACUCUGCCUUACUGUAGCUGGGCACCAGGCUUGUUCCAUUAAUGAAUGCUGGUUCAGUUUGGCUAAGAAGUGCCAUCCCACUGCUUGCCACCAGUUGUAGCGGACCCCGGGUAACGCGACCGGUUACCUCCACUAAUACCUUCAGACGCUCAGGAAUCCUUACAACAAGCAGGCAUCCAUUUCCCCCCAGUAACUGGAUGACACACAGCUCUGGGAGUCAGGGCCGGUGCAAAGAUUUUUGGGUACAUAGGCGAAGAUGUAUCUUUCCACCCCCCCCCCAAAAAUAACAUCUUCACCUAUGUGCCUCUUAACCAGCCCCUCUCCCCGUCCAUUAGUGGUCCCCUCCCUUCCCUGUCCCUUAGUGUUCUUCUAAGCUCUCCCCUCUUUUUCCUGUCCCUUGGUGUUUCUCUCCCCUCCCCUCCCUGUCCCUUGGUGCACCCCCCACCCCUUUAGUGGUCGCACUCCCCUUCCUGGUGUGCCUCCUACCUCUCUUGUAGCGUUGCCGAGUGGAGGAUAUCCCCUACAGGAGCUUCAAUUUUCUGUACCUGGCCAGACUGACAGGCAGGGCCGGUGCAAGGAAUUUUGCCGCCCUAGGCAAAAGAAGGAUUGCCCCCCCCCCCAGAACAUCGCAAUUCCCCACCCAAAUGAACUAAUGCCAGUGCUGCACAUUAAAAAGCCUGCAGGGACAAACUAUAGACACCAGAACAACUUUAUUAAGCUUCAGUGGUUCUGGGGACUAUAGUGUCCAUUUAAUGUGAGGUAAAUUAGAGAUUAGUGUCACUAAUAACAUACUAGAUUGCCUACUUACAAUCAGAUGAGGAUGGUGAUGGGCUCUGGCUGCAGUCUGGCUCCACUGGUCUGGUGUAGAACAGGAUCUCUGGAGGCUGUUUGUAACUGUGGUCACAAAAUUCAAUGUUCUGGGAGAACGGGAAGCAGCUCCAUUUUUGGGGCCUCUUACAUAGCUCAAGGUCUGGGCCCCAGGGCCUGACGGUGAGUAUGCCCAUAAAGCCCACCCAUAAGUCCACCUACAUGUUCCACCCAUGAGUUUGCUCACAGGGAGUAGAGUGUGUAGGGGAUGUGUUAUAUGUUACUGUAGAGGAUCUAAUGUGUGUGCUUAUGGAAUGUAGUGUAUAGGGAUACCAGUUUGUGUAGGUGAUGCAGUGUGUUUGUGUGUAGUGGAAGCAGUGUGUGUGUGUGUAUAAGGGAUGUAUUGUGUGUUUCUUGUUGUGUGUAAGGGAUGCAUUGUGUGAAUCUGUGUUUGUAUGUAAGAGAAGCAGUGUGUGUUUGCAUAUGUGUGUAAGGGAUGCAUUGUCUUUAUGUGUAAAGGUUGCAUUGUGUGUUUCUCUGUGUGUGUGUGUGCGUGGUGUGAAAGAGCUCCCUGUCCCCCUGUCCUAUAGAGCUCUCCCUUCCAUUCCUUAGAGAUCUCUCCUGACCCAUAGUGGUCUCUCCACCGCCCCCUCCCUCCCCUACGUUCUCAUCUCCCAUCAUCUCUCCCCCCCCUCCCUCCCAUCAUCUCAUCUCCCCCUCCCUUAAUCUCUCCCCCACUCCAUCAUCUCAUCUCCCCCCUCCCAUCAUCUCAUCUCCCCAUCAUCUCAUCUCCCCCUCCAUCAUCUCAUCUCCCCCCCUCCAUCAUCUCAUCUCCCCUCCCAUCAUCUCCUCUCCCCCACUCCCAUCAUCUCUCUCCCCCCCCUCCCAUCAUCUCAUCUCCCCCCCCCUCCAUCAUCUCAUCUCCCCCUCCAUCAUCUCAUCUCCCCCCUCCAUCAUCUCCCCCCUCCCGUCAUCUCAUCUCCCCCCUCCAUCAUCCUCCUCUCCCCAUCAUCUCAUCCCCCACCCAUCAUCUCCUCUCCCCUCUCCUAUCAUCUCCUCUCCCCCCCCUCCAUCAUCUCCUCCCCCCCCACUCCCAUCAUCUCAUCUCCCCAUCAUCUCAUCUCCCCUCCCAUCAUCUCAUCUCCCCUCCCAUCAUCUCAUCUCAUCUCCCCUCCCAUCAUCUCAUCUCAUCUCCCUCCCAUCAUCUCAUCUCCCCACCCAUCAUCUCCUCUCCCCCCUCCAUCAUCUCCUCCUCCCCCCUCCCAUCAUCUCAUCUCCCCCCUCCAUCAUCUCAUCUCCCCCCCCUCCCAUCAUCUCAUCUCCCCCUCCAUCAUCUCAUCUCAUCUCCCCUCCCAUCAUCUCAUCUCAUCUCCCCUCCAUCAUCUCAUCUCCCCUCCCAUCAUCUCAUCUCCCCCCUCCCAUCAUCUCAUCUCCCCUCCAUCAUCUCAUCCUCCCCCCAUCAUCUCAUCUCCCCAUCAUCUCAUCCCCCCCUCCCAUCAUCUCAUCUCCCCAUCAGCUUCUCCUCACCUCCCCUGCCCUGUAGCGUGGCCGAGCUCCCCCCCCCAUCAGCUUCUCCUCACCUCUCCUGCCCUGUAGCGUGGCCGAGCACUGAGUGUGCACUUCCUGUCAGUCCCGCCGGGUCGCAGACCGGAAAGGAGCUCGGCCACGCUACAGGGCAGGGGAGGUGAGGCACUGCGGCAGCCGCCUGAGCGCUCUAUAGACUGCAGAAUUUAAAGGGAUGGCGAUGGGGGCGCAGGGCGCCCCCUCCUAUAUGGCGCCCUAGGCGGCUGCCUAGUUCGCCUUAUAGGAAGCGCCGGCCCUGCUGACAGGGAGUGCUCUCUCAGUGAGCACCUCCGGUCAGUCUGGCCGGGUACAGGAAACAGAAGCUCCUGUACUGCGCUCCGCCACGCUACACUCAGUGGUGUAUACACACUGACAGUCACACACACUCAAUGACAAACACACAGACUCACUGAUCUGACACACACUCAUUCAUUGACAGACACACUGAUACUCACACACAGACUCAAUGACAAAGAUACUCUCACUGAUUUGACAGACACUCACAAACACAUACUGACAGACACACAUACACUGCCACACUCAUACACUCACAUGCAGUACUCAUACAAGCACUCACAGACACACACACACACACUCAUACAAUCACUCACAGACACACACAUACACUCACAGACACACUCACUCACAGACACACAUACUCAUGCACACAGUCACUCACAGGCACACAUACACUCACACACAGACACACAUACACACACACACACACAGACACACACUCAAUCACAGACAGUCACUCACAGACACACAGUCACUCAGGCACACAUACACUCACACACACACAGUCACACACAGACACUCACACACAGACACACACUCAAUCACAGACAGUCACUCACAGGCACACGGCCACUCAGGCACACAUACACUCACACACAGACACACACACACACAGUCACACACAGCCACUCACACAAGACACACACUCAAUCACAGACAGUCACUCACAGACACAUAGUCACUCAGGCACACAUACAUUCACACACAGACACACACACACACACAGUCACACACAGACACACACUCAAUCACAGACAGUCACUCACAGACACACAUACACACACAGUCACACACAGACACUCACACACAGACAGACACACACUCAAUCACAGACAGUCACUCACAGACAAACAGACACGCAUACACACACUCACUAAUUAUUUUAAUAAAUAAACAUUUUCCACCCAGACUCCCUACCUGGAGAGCUGGUGUGGAUGAUGAAUCAUUCCCUGGGGUCCAGUGGGGCUGCUGGGAGGCGUGCGGCAGUGCUGUGAUCAGACGCGGCGAGGGAGCUCUAAUCUCCACGCUCUGCUCCCUCGCGGCUGCCUUCUGACACCGCGGGAGCCGGUAUAUGACGUCAUAUUCCGGCUCCCGCGGCAUCAGCAGACAGCGCGCGAGGGAGCAGAGCAGAGAGGUUAGAGCUCCCUCGCCGCGUCUGAUCACAGCACUGCCGCACGCUGCGCCGGGGGUCGAGAUAGUGGCCUGGCAGGAGGGAGAGCUUCCCUCCUGCCAGUCACUGAAAUAUUGCGCCCCCGAAACCGGUGCGCCCUAAGGCGGCCGCCUGUGCCGCCUUAUGGACGCGCCGGCCCUGCUGGGAGUACAACAUAACUAACUCUUUAUUCAGGGCCACACACGGCCUUUUAUGCAAAAGCCCAGUGCAAGGGGUUUCCAACACAACAUUACAGGGUCAUCUCUCCCAUGAUCCUCUGUUCCUGAGAGAUAAUUCAGUCCCCUCUCAGGUACAGAGAAAUCCUUUUAUUUUGUCACACAUGGUUUGUUAGGCACCGAGCCCUACAUAGGCUCUUCAACACUAUACAACAGGAAGGAAGGGGGAGAGGCACAGACCAACAAUACAUUCAGAAAAGAAAGGGGAGAGGCAGAGACAAGCAAUACAUUGUUAAAUAGUCCUGACCUGAAAACAAUAAGCAGGCAAACAUGUGGGCAUGGUACGCAGUGACGGCGUUCCGUCACACUUGUAUCUUAUGCAUCCGCUCACCAGGGUGGUCCUAUUCCAAUCACUGAAGUGGUCAUGUUGGUUAGGGUAACCCUUUAAGUGAAUAUCUUCCCCCUCAAAGUUAUGGAAAAAAUGCAUAUACAGAACUCUGCAGAGAAGUAUCAUUUUUAACCAUUGCUGAGGUACGGUAACAGUGAGCUGUACUGUAUGCCACAGAUUCCUAGUCCUCAAUGCACAAUAACAGUUAGGAAUUUGUCAGCAUCCCCAAUGGAACAGAACUGGAAAAUAUAAGUUAGCAAUCAAAGUGAAUUCAAAGUGCUUGACUCUCCUAUAUGCUUGUUUAUUUAUUUUUUAACGCACAUCCAGAUAUAAUUGAACAGCCUGUGUCGUCAUUGAUCAUGUUUGUAAAAAAUGGUGCACUAUUUCUGCUUUGUAUAAUCUAGAAAUAUUAGUUUCUGUACAUCAGGACCUUGUUUCAUGUCCAAUAUAAGAAAAUUAUGCGCCUCAAAAAUAAAGAUUAAAGAAAAGUGAAUUUCCCAUUUUAAGCCAAGGUAGGGUACCGAAAGCUGGUUUGGAGAAUUUUUCCAUUUAGGCUAUCUCUUCAAUCCACUGUGAAAUCUCAGUUUAGUAAAUAAACCUGUCAAUCUUGGACUGUUGCUGUGCCUUGCGGUCUAGGUUGGAAACUAAUACAGUUCCAAAAAGAGAUGCAAGGAGAUCCAAGCAUAACAUUGGUCCAUGUCCAGGUUUGUUUUGUAAUAUUUCCUUUACAAAGUUAAACAGCAGAUGCAGCCAAUUAACAAAAACAACAAAAUGUUUCCAUCAAUUCUUGAUUUUUUUUAACGUAUCCCCAAGCAAGGCAUUUUUUCCAGUUUGUGUUUCAGCGGAUCCUCCAGGAAAACACUGGUCAAAUGGUCAUAGUGAUUUUCUACUGUAAUAUAUAGUACUCAAGGGGAGCCUUACUUUUGGUGAUGAUUAAUUAAGGGUUACUCUAUCCCUUUGUAAUAUUUACAUUUUUAAAAUUUUAAAAUUAAAUUUUAGUUUAUAAUGCCCUACUAGACAUUAUGUACUAGCAUCCCCGCCUCCUUAUAUACUUUAGUGGAAUCCAGCACCAGGUAAAGCUUCUAGUACUGCUUUCCAUGCCCCGUUUAACAUCAGCAAGUCCCCGCAUUGCCUGCACGGGGAAAGAUGACCACGUCUGUCGCCAGUUGCAAGUUUUGCACAGAAUUGACAUUUGCCAGUCCGGGAAGGAGUGCUCGGCUUCAAAAGUCAUGUGUGCCGAUGGUGUAACAAGUGCAAAUAUCUCAGUAUGUGCAGCGUUUCAAGCAGAAACGCUGCACGUACUGACUCCUACCACCAUGACCAUUUCUAAAAGCAGAUGUGGUCAUGGUGGUUGGAGUAACUCUUUAGUUUGGAUGUAUUCAGUGAGCUUUAUUAGGGAAUAUUUGAUAAUGAUAAUGUCCAUGGUCGUGAAAGGCACACUACAGCUUGCUGACAUACUUUAGGGGUAAUGUCCUUAAAACUCAGUGCUUGUUUUAACAAACGUGUUGAUUUCAAGAGAAAUCAGCACUUUCAUAAAACAUCUGUCUUUCAAAACAGUAAUGCGUGCUUCUCAUAGAGAAGUAUUAGUUUAUGUAUCUCAAAAUAUUCUGGUGCACAUCCCAAAAUUUUUUUUCCUAUUUAUAUAUAUAUUUUUUAAAUGAUGUUUGCUUCUGUGUUAUACAUAAUUUUCCAUUAUAUUUGUCAGAAAGUAAAGAACAUUUUUAUUUUUGUAAUCAUAAGCAUGGUAACAUCAGUCAAGUGCAUCUGUUUAAACAUCACUCAACACAACAUUAAUUAAACUGUGUAGUAGCAGAGUCUGUACUCGUCUUCUCAGGGUUAGCUACAGGAAGGCCACUUAAAGGUGUGAUGGCCGAAGAUUGGGCCUGCAGUAAGGGAGUGCCCCUGGCAGCGCUCCCAGGUAUUUUAUUGGGCAAAUGUCCUCUUGUAACCUGUCAUGGGACUGGAGUAUCCCCUGGGCUGUGAGUUUGCAGAUCUAGUGUCUUCAAAAAUGUUUCUGCCUCUCCUGACGAUGUCAGCGACAGACUCUGUCCUCUUUUAUCCACUAGCAGGAAUCCCUCCAUUCCCCAGGAGUAUUUUAGAGAGCAGUAUUUUAGAGAGCUAUCGGUGCCAAUCUCUGUCUUUCUGUCAGGACGACAAACGGUAGGUCUGCAUAAAUAGCCACCUCAUGCCGGAUUGUCCCCCGAGCUCUGAAGCCGUUCAUAAUCGCUGAUCUUACCGCGAUGUCUCGUAUUACAGCAAUCGUAUCCCUGGGUGUCUCGCUCUGCACUUCUGCCGAUUUACAUACUCUGUAUGCUGUCAUGAUUUGUGGGCUGCUGGAACUAUUUGUAAUGCCUAGUGAGGUUAUGAGGCUAUGUAGAUAUUUUGGGAGCUCACCACUGCCGACUGUCUCCAGAAGUCCUCUGAAGUGCAAAUUCCGACGCCUGUGGCACGUUUCUAUCGUGGUCACCACAAGGCUCAGUUUCUGUACUUGAGAGGUAAGGCUUUCAAUUUGGCUGCUUGUGUUUUGCAUUUUUUUGUCUCUGGAGGUUUCUCUUGUUUCCAGCUCUCUGGCCUUUUGGUGUACCACUCCAAUUUCUGUUUGGACCACGUGGAGGAAUCCUUCCAGACCUUCCAUAGGUCUAUGAGGAGCUUUCUGAUGUCUCCCUUUGUUGAUAGGCUGUGUCUUCUUCUAGCUCUGAUGAGCUUUCGUCGCCUUCAGACCUGGGUGAUGCAGGAGGCUCCCCUUCCUCCCGCGAGUCAUCCGAGGCCUCGGACUCCCCUCUAGGCCUCAGGCGCCAUCUUUGGUUGUUGCUGCCGGGCUGGCCGCUUGAAAGUGAGCCAUAUAUCAGGCAGCUGUUGGGUUUAUUGGCGAUACUGCCGUCUAUUUUUUCGUCCCAUUGUGUCUCCUUGUGGGGGUAAGUGUUUCUGGCUUAAAAGGGUCUAUUUUUUGUGGCUUAAAUCGGUUUGUUUGUAGGGUAUUUGUGUCAUAUUUACUAGAUAGCGUAUGUUGCACAGCAUUUGGUUAACGGCAGAUUACUGGAAAUAGAACUAGAUGACAAGAAUGACUGUUUAUGUGAAUGUCCGAAAUUUCAUUUUUUUUUUUUAUAAAAUAUGAAUUAAUGUUUCAGAAUCAAUCCAACAUACAAAGGUAUCUCAUCAAGAGUCCAAAAGAGUAAAAGUAUUGUAUUUGUAUUCCUAACGCUACAGUCCUAAUGUCCCUUAUCAUUUUGCCCCCUCCCUUCUGUACAAAAAAAAAAAAAAUUAUAAAUUUUUAUUUUUACAAAAUAAAAUAAUUAAUCACCUUUUCUCCAGUACCAAGUCUCUCUUUGGUGUUGCCACAACCUCCUUGUAAGGUUGCAUCAUCAUGAUGGGCUAAUCCAGUGCUCUUCAUGCACACUGUGAAUGCGGGCAUGAUGUCACGGUAUGUUAUGGUAUGAAAGACGGGAAGUAAGAUUUCUGGCUCUCCAAACCUUCUAAUUGAUUUAAUAUUAGGUUUUGGGCGGUAGGACAGGGAGGCAUCAAUAAGAGGAAGUUGUUAAAGUGUCUAAAGUGUCCCUUUGAUUAUCAAUGUUUUUAUGGGGCAUUACAAUUUUUAAUAUAAUAUUAGGUGACGGGUCUAAUUCGUGUUGAUGUAUUAAUUAUACGUUGCAUAACCGCAUAUAUACACCAAAUAAUCCAUUUAACGCCAGCAGCUUGUGAAUGAUACAUGCUACUGGAUGCUAAUUGUCUAGUUCAGGAGCUAUUAGCAAAUGGCUGAGGUGGUAAUUGUGAGUCAUGUGCACUUUUGUGGAUGAAGUUUCCAGUCUAAAUCUAUCUCCCUUCAAAUCUUUUUAUUUUUUUAUUCCCACUAUAUCUUUUAUUCUUCUUAAUGAGUGUUUACAGGAACGUGUUGAUACCAAUUAACCUGCUUCUCGUCGAGCUGGCUCUAGGCCAGAGGCAUGGCUGGCAUGUUCUUGUAGGCCGCAGAUGGUUACAUAGAGCAGACUGGCUUCACGUUUGUUAUUCUUUUUAAUUACAGUCAUUAAGUAAACGCCUGUGCCAAUCACACAUCCUCCGUCACUAGGCCAGCUGGAGAACAUGACAAGUAUGUAUUUUUACAAGCCAGGAAUCAGUCCUUUGAACCCUAUCACUACCAGGGAGUCACGCAGAAUUAUUUCACCAAAUAAAUGUUUUAAUGCAGGACUUACUUAAACGCAUGUGAAUACUUAAAAGUAGUUGUCACAUUAAAACAAACCGAAAGCAUACAAUUUUCCCUUGCAUGACAAAGCAACAUUUUGGUGAUUCUGACACUCAGUAGAAAUCACAACAAUGUUUUACCCCUAACAGAAUCUAAUGAAAAUCUUUAAAGUGUCCAAAAUGUUUUACCUUAAUUUUACUGUUUUAUUUGUACAGUUCAAUGAAAAGAUGACCCACAUUUUCAAAUUACAUGAUGCAUACCUCCCAAGUGUCCAUAGUAAAGAAGGAGAGUCCCUAUAUCCCUCUGUCCAUCUUUUCUGUUCUAACGGCGCUCGACAUUGUUAGUGUGUCUGAGUGAAUAACAGUGGUAAUACACACAGUAAUGUUUUUCAACUACAACAAAUGUGUUUAGAAUAGUUUGUGUAAAUUAAAUACAAUGUUCUUGUUCUAAAUUUCAUUUAAGUUGCAUACAUUUUCUGAAUCACUUAACAGCCCCGCCCCUAACCACACACCCACUCACACCCCGAUAAUUUUAUGGGACACUGUAGUCACCAGAACCACUGCAGCUUAAUUUAGUGGUUCUGGUGUCUGUAGCAUGUCCCUGCAGGCUGAGCAAUGUAAACACUGCAUUUUCAGAGAAUAAUAAUUAAUAAUAAUUUAAUAUAUGUAUAUAUAUAUAUAUAUAUAUAUAUAUAUAUAUAUAUCUUUAUAAUGUUUCCCCCCGUUAAGAUGGGGUUUACACAAAUAGAAAAAAAGAAAAAGGGGGAACCAGUGUUUCUAAAUGUAUAUAUAUAUAUAUAUAUAUAUAUAUAUAGUGUAAAUGGACAAAAUCACAGUAUUGCUUAUUGCUUGUAGUUGAGGGUGCAGGGAUAAUAAGUGCAGAUCUGUAAUUAUCUUUAUAAGAUAAUUCUUUCUUUUGAAAAUACUAUGAAAAAUGAUUCCCCUGAAUGUUAAUUGUAUGAAAAAAUGUAUUAGAUACCAUAAAAUAAAUAAUAUACAAACAAAAAGUCCAAAAAAGAAGGUAAGAAAAUGUUCAAAGUGCAGAGUAAUUGUCAGGCUCCCGCGGGCGGCUGCGAGGGGAGGCUGCACUCCGCUCGCAGUACUCACCCUCCAGCCGUCCGCGGUCCCCUCCGCCUCGUGGGUACGGCGAGCGGCAUCCUUCCAGCCUCGGAUGCCGCCCGCCGUUCCCUCCACGUCCCCCAGCUGCAGCAUGCAUGACGCUGCACGCUGGGAGACCGCCCAGGGUUAUACACGCCGGGGUCAGUCACCUGACCCGGCGUUAAAGGCAAAGUGCCACAAUCACAGUGGGAGGUCUAAAUAUCUCCCACGUGUGAUUGUUAAUUCUGAUUGGAAAUCAUCCAAUCAGAAUUAACCUGAUGGUUUAAUACUUACCUUUCCUGUUCCUCCUUGCCCUGUUGUGGUCUUUGCUUGCUAGUAUUGCUACUUACCUUGUGCUUCUGGUUACGUACUCUCUGGCUUGUUUAUCUGACUCUGUGACUUUCUCCUACCCUUUGACCUCGGCUUGUUUCACGUUAUUCUGUCUUCUGGUUCCCUUACUCGGCUUGUCUCCUGACUAUUCUGUGUGUGCUUAGCCCGGCCACUCUAAGGUCUGGUACUGCACCUUUUCUGUGUGUGUGUGUGUGUGUGUGUGUGUUAGCGUGUUGGGUUCCCAGAAUCGUGACAUUACAACAGGGCCAUAAUGGAACCUGCUGACAUACCACAGCUCCUAGUUAAUCAAGAGGCUAGAAUGGAUGGCUUAGACCACCGUAUGGAUCAGUUUGCUCAAGCUUUACAAACCAUUCUGGCUCGUACUGCACACUUGCAACCGGCCGUUCAGGAGGCUGCUGCUGCUGUGCCCGAACCCAUUCCCACUCCAGUACCUGUUCCCGCUCAUGUAGUUCACAUGACGCCGCCACAGCGCUACAGUGGUGACCCAGCAUUGUGUCGUGGUUUCCUCAACCAAAUCGACAUCCAUUUGGUGAUGAAUCCACGCUCCUAUCCCACUGACAGAUCUAAAAUUGCCUUUUUGAUAAACCAUUUGUCCGGGAGAGCUUUAGCAUGGGCCAACCCUAUUUGGGAAAAUACGUCUCCUAUGUCCUUUGCAGAUUUCCUGACAGCUUUCAGACGCACGUUUGAUCAACCCGGUAGGGUUGCUUCUGCUGGCAAGGCUCUGCUUAGGGUCCGACAGGGUAACAGGUCUGUAGCAGAUUACACUAUCGAAUUUCGUACUCUAGCAGCUGAAGUGGUUUGGAAUAAUGACGCUCUCGUAACAGCCUUUCAGGAGGGUCUGGCCGCUUAUAUACUGGAUGAAAUAGCAUCCAGGGAAUUACCUGCUCUUCUAGAUGAUGUUAUAGACUAUGUGAUUCUUAUAGAUAACCGUAUUAGAGAGAGGCGUAGCCAAAGAUGGUUGGAUACACGGGUGUUACCUGCUCUACCCAGUACUUCCCUGCUAGCGUUACCCGCUCCUGUGCAGCCAUCCCCUGAACCCAUGCAGUUGGGUGCUACAGGGUUAACUGAGGCCGAAAGAGCGUACCGUAGAAGGGAGGGGUUAUGCCUUUAUUGUGGGAAGAGGGGGCAUCACUGUAAAGCCUGCCCUAAACUACAGGGAAACUGCAGCACCUAAGGCCUAGAGAGGGGUCGGCCUCGGGUGUUAUGACUUUGUCCCCUCAUAUGUCCAUCUCUAGACCGUUUAUUACGGUUUCUCUCUUGGUCAAUAAAACCACUAUAACAACCAAAGCCCUGAUCGAUUCGGGUGCGGCAGACAACCUUAUGGAUGAGACCUUUGCCAAAACCGCAGCCCUGAAUUUGAUCCGAAAGGAGACACCCUUGGCCGUUGAGGCCAUAGAUGGUAGACCACUGGAGAAACCUCUGGUGACCCAUGAAACCCAGGAAAUAGUUAUGUCUGUGGGUGUUUUGCACAAAGAGAAGUUAACCUUCCAAAUAAUUGACUCCCCAACAGCCUCCAUCGUUCUAGGUUUUCCCUGGUUAGUUAAACACAACCCUGUUCUUGAUUGGGGUUGUUUAGACAUACUCUCCUGGGGGGAAUCUUGUCAGCGAGACUGUGUGGCUCAUGUACGUCCUGUCUGUUUACUUAACGUACCCACGGCUAAACCACUCUCGGUUUCUGUGCCCUCUGUUUAUGCAGACCUUGCCUUGGUUUUUGAAAAGAGGGAGGCAGAUAAGCUACCUCCACAUCGUGAGUAUGAUUGUGCCAUAAACCUCUUACCGGGCACUAUGCCUCCUAGGGGAAAGGUCUACCCUCUUUCUGAAAAAGAGAACCAAAUCAUGGAGGAGUACAUACAGGAAUCCCUAAGAAAAGGUUUUAUUAGAAGGUCCUCCUCUCCUGCUGGUGCUGGUUUCUUUUUUGUGGCUAAGAAGGAGGGUGAUUUGAGGCCAUGUAUAGACUACAGGGGUCUGAACAAUAUAACGGUUAAAAACGCCUACCCUAUCCCCCUCAUCACUGAGUUGUUUGAUCGUGUUAAAGGUUCUAAAUUUUCACCAAAUUAGACCUCAGGGGGGCUUAUAACCUUGUCCGUAUAAAGGAGAAUGACGAGUGGAAGACAGCGUUCAACACACGCAGUGGGCAUUACGAAUAUCUGGUCAUGCCUUUUGGAUUGUGUAAUGCUCCUGCCGUGUUUCAGGACCUCAUAAAUGAUGUCCUUAGGGAUCUAUUGCAUGCCUGUGCUGUAGUGUACCUUGACGACAUACUUGUGUAUUCUCCUGAUUUGAAGUCACACCAUAACCAUGUUAGGAUGGUGCUCAAAAGGCUAUUGCAGAACGGACUCUACUGUAAGUUAGAAAAAUGUUUAUUCGAUCAGACCUCUGUGCAAUUCCUAGGAUAUAUCAUUACUGAACAGGGUUUCAGUAUGGAUCCUGCUAAAUUGGAAGCUAUAAUGUCCUGGCCACUUCCCCAAGGACUAAAGGCUAUCCAGCGUUUUAUAGGAUUUGCCAACUAUUAUAGGAAAUUUAUAAAAAACUUUUCACCACUCAUAUCUCCCAUAACGAAGUUGACAAAAAAAGGUCUACAUCCUAGGGUUUGGACUCCUGAAGCCCUUAAGGCCUUCGAAACCCUCAAGAAGGCAUUUGCCUCUGCUCCAGUGCUGCACCACCCUGAUCCUUCUCUUCCCUUUGUUAUGGAAGUAGACGCCUCGGAGUCAGGAGUGGGAGCCGUACUGUCACAGAGGUUGUCUUAUGACAAACCCCUCCAUCCCUGUUGUUAUUUUUCUAAAAGGUUGUCUGAUUCAGAGAAGAAUUAUGAUGUUGGGAAUAGGGAACUAUUAGCUAUUGUGUUAGCUUUCAAGGAAUGGAGGUACUUAUUAGAGGGUUCUAGACACAAAAUUAUGGUUAUAACAGAUCAUAAGAAUCUAUCCUAUAUUGCUGAUGCUAGAAGGUUAUCUGCCCGGCAGGCUAGAUGGUCUCUAUUUCUCUCACGCUUCCAAUAUGUUAUCACCUAUAGACCUGGUUGCCGUAAUGCCAAAGCUGACGCCAUCUCUCGGCAGCAUGAACCAGUAGAAUUUGUUAACCCGACUCCUGAACCUAUUGUACCUGAGUCUCAGAUAAUAGCUGCUACCCGUUUGGUUGUUUCUUCACCUUUCCUUAACAGUAUUAAGACAUACCAAACCCAGGCACCCCCUGAGACGCCGGUUGGUAAACUAUACGUUGAAGCUAAUGACAGAAAAAAGUUGUUAACUUUAUUUCACACAGCCAAAACUGCUGGUCAUCCGGGGGUUACCAAAACCUACAAGGGCCUCCUUCAACAGUUCUGGUGGCCUUCACUCAAGCGAGACGUAGUGGAUUUUGUUCAGGCUUGUCAGGUCUGCACGCAAUGUAAGUCCCUUAAUGUGAGACCCCAGGGUUUUCUGAUGCCUCUAUCUAUACCCAAGAAACCAUGGACCCACUUAUCCAUGGAUUUCAUUGUAGACCUGCCUCUUUCUGAUGGUCAGACGGUGAUACUGACUGUGACGGAUAGGUUCUCUAAAAUGGCGCACUUCAUUCCGCUUAAGAAACUGCCUUCUGCGGUUCAGUUAGCUCAGGUAUUUGCCAAAGAAGUGUUCCGAUUGCAUGGGGUACCCCAGGAUAUCAUAUCUGACAGGGGUCCUCAAUUUGUCUCUCGGUUCUGGAGGGGCUUUUGUGCUGAGAUGGGGGUAUCCUUGUCGUUUUCUUCCUCCUAUCACCCGCAAUCUAAUGGUGCGGCCGAACGUGCUAAUCAGUCUGUGGAAUUGUAUUUGCGCUGCUUCACUAAUGCGCACCAGGAUGACUGGUCUCGCCUUCUUCCGUGGGCUGAAUUUGCCAGGAAUACGGUGUCUCAUUCGUCUACUGGCUUAAGUCCUUUUGAGGUUGCUUAUGGGUUUCGUCCUUCUGUCCUUCCCGGUGCGUUCUCCGACAAGGGAAUGCCCGCCUUGGACCAGCACCUCGCCUCUUUGCGGAAGACCUGGGAUCAAGUCCAUGUUGCGCUGUCUCGUUCAGCAGCUGCUCAGAAAAAGUUUGCUGAUCGCCGUAGGGUUGCGGCCCCUUCCUAUGUUCCGGGUGAUAGGGUAUGGUUGUCCUCCCGGAACCUCCGUCUCAAGGUUCCCUCGAUGAAAUUUGCCCCCAGGUUUCUUGGUCCCUUCAAGGUGUUACGUAGGGUUAAUCCCGUUUCCUACUCCCUUGAUUUGCCUCCUUCCAUGCGUGUCCCGAACACGUUUCACGUCUCGCUUUUGAAACCCUUGCUGUGUAACCGGUUCUCUCGUCCCCUCGGGCGGCCCGUUUCCCCUCGAGCUGUCUCUGACGACGUGUACGAGGUGGCUGCCCUUCUCGACUCUCGUGUUUCUAGGGGUCGGCUGCAAUAUUUGGUGGACUGGAAGGGGUACGGCCCUGAGGAGCGGUCCUGGGUUUCAAGCUCCGAUGUGCACGCUCCCUCUUUGGUCCGCUCCUUUCAUGCCCGCUUUCCUUUGAAGCCUUCCGCUUCCCGCCCCCUGGGCGGUCUUCGAGGGGGGGGUAAUGUCAGGCUCCCGCGGGCGGCUGCGAGGGGAGGCUGCACUCCGCUCGCAGUACUCACCCUCCAGCCGUCCGCGGUCCCCUCCGCCUCGUGGGUACGGCGAGCGGCAUCCUUCCAGCCUCGGAUGCCGCCCGCCGUUCCCUCCACGUCCCCCAGCGGCAGCAUGCAUGACGCUGCACGCUGGGAGACCGCCCAGGUUUAUACACGCCGGGGUCAGUCACCUGACCCGGCGUUAAAGGCAAAGUGCCUCAAUCACAGUGGGAGGUCUAAAUAUCUCCCACGUGUGAUUGUUAAUUCUGAUUGGAAAUCAUCCAAUCAGAAUUAACCUGAUGGUUUAAAUACUUACCUUUCCUGUUCCUCCUUGCCCUGUUGUGGUCUUUGCUUGCUAGUAUUGCUACUUACCUUGUGCUUCUGGUUACGUACUCUCUGGCUUGUUUAUCUGACUCUGUGACUUUCUCCUACCCUUUGACCUCGGCUCGUUUUACGUUAUUCUGUCUUCUGGUUCCCCUUUACUUGGCUUGUCUCCUGACUAUUCUGUGUGUGCUUAGCCCGGCCACUCUAAGGUCCGGUACGGCACCUUUUGUGUGUGUGUGUGUGCCAGCGUGUUGGGUUCCCCGAAUCGUGACAGUAAUAAUCUGAAACAUGUUUCGCCCAAUGGCUUCCUCAGUUGGAUUGAUUUUGAAAAGAUGUUGCCUCUUUUUUUUAAUGAAGAUCUCAUUCAUAUGUGGGGUGGAUAGCAAUCCUUCUUCCUGUUUCCGAUUGGCAUGUCACUUCCUGUAAAGAUGCACAAAUGCACAUCACUUCCCCUCUGUAUUCUGGGGUGAGAUGGGGUUUACUCACUAAAUACAAAAUUGUAUGACAUUGAAAAAUGAAUUGCAACAAUUAAGGUUAAAAAGCCAAGUUCAGUUGAGUUGGAAAAUUUUCAAUAUUAGCUACUUAAGUCAAAAUGUUUCAACUUUUGCAAUUCAAAAAAUGUGGUGUUUAGUAAAUAAAACCAUUUGUGCUACACAUUGAUUAUAGCACAGUGAUCAUCACUCAUGUUUUACCUCCUCUCCACUGCUAGAAACCUAAUCAAGAGAAAUGAUUCUCAACAUUUUGACUUUGCAUAAACAAGUGUCAAUCAAAAGUUGUUCGGCCUGACGAUUGGCUGUCACUUUUAUCUCGAACAUUCCUGUUUUUAUGGCAGUGUUACCAUCUCUGUGUAGUCUCACUCAUAAUACUCAACUUAUUUCUAUUAAAAUGACAUUGCUGGAUUUUAGUUGAUGAAAAGCGUACUUCUCUUUUUCCACUUUUGCAAUGUUCUUAUGAACUUUAUGUGACAGUUUCCAUUUCUGCAAGUAGAUUGGCUUUGUUUCUUUCUUGUACAUAACGUAUGAUGGGGGACAUUUUCUAAAGACAGCCAUGAUUUUCUAACCAAACAAAUCAAGGGAGAAUUUGUUCAUUGCUAAACGCAAUGUUCUUUGCAAGCAAAGUUAGUUACCCUUGCCUCACCUAAUAAAAUGUACCCCUAUUCAUGGCAUUGCCCUCUAUAUGUUAAAAGGACACUCCAAGCCAGUGGUCUCACUAGGGUUGGUGUCAUCCACUGCAGAAUCCUUAGUAAUAUUGUAAUAUUUUUAAUUCUAAUGUUACUCACAAAUCAUAAUUCAUAUAUAUCACUAUGUAUAAGGACAACAGAAGAAUGUCUGGGAGCCAGUGUGCAUGUAUGUGGGAGGUGGUGAGUGUUUGUGUGUAGGGGAAUGCAGUUAGUGUAUAGGAUACAGUAUGUGUGAUUGUGUGUAAGGGAUGCAGUACGUAGGUGGUGUAUUGUGAGAUUAGGGCUGUUUGUGUGUGGGAAGUUGAGAUGGGGAUUUCUGAGAGGAUUUAAUAUUUUUAUAGCUAUAAAAAGUGCAUCGUAUAUUUAAAAUAUUAUACAGUAUCUAACAAAAGUGAGUACACCCCUCACAUUUUUGUAAAUAUUUUAUUCAGUCCGUGAAGGACUGAAAUCCUGCAGUGCCCGUGUAAUGGAACUCCCCGUUAAGUCAGCUUAAAGGAACACUCGAAAUGAAGUUGCUGUGGUGGUAAGAGGCCCCCAGAGCACUCGUACCAUAAGGAAUUAAACAGUUCUUGAACAAUUUAACUCCAAAGUUGCCUCCAGCACUGAUCUCAGCAUCCGGCUUCUAAAGUUUCAGGAAGUGCGGAGUGCUGAGCCAAUCAGUGACUCCCCAUUUACAAAAAUUCACAUAUCUUACCCUGUUGGUGGGAAGCUGAGAUGGGAGCUGGAGGCAACUUUGGGGUUAAACAUUUUGAGAACAGUAUAAUCCCUUGAGGUAACAGUGUGCCGGAGGCCUCCUGGCACCAUAACAACUUCAUUUAGAUGUAGUUGUUUUGGCGCCUUAAGGUGACUAAAUUGUCCCUUUAAUGCUAUUUCACAGCUAGUCAGUCAGCACAUAUUUUCCUCCCUGUAUCCCCCUUCAGUUCCCAUAUUCAAUUAUUUCCUUUGCACAACAUCAUAGAGCAAGAACAUGUGAGCAGUAGCAAAAAAAUUAAAGGACCACUAUAGUGCCAGGAAAACAUACUUGUUUUCCUGGCACUAUAGUGCCCUGAGGGUGCCCCCACCCUCAGGGACCCCCUCCUGCCCGGCUCUGGAAGGGGGAAAGGGGUAAAAACUUACCUUUUUCCAGCGCUGGGCGGAGAGCUCUCCUCCUCCUCUCCGCCUCCGUUACGCCCCGCCGGCUGAAUGCGCACGCGCGGCAAGAGCUGCGCGCGCAUUCAGCCGGUCACAUAGGAAAGCAUUCAUAAUGCUUUCCUAUGGACGCUGGCGUGCUCUCACUGUGAAAAUCACAGUGAGAAGCACGCAAGCGCUUCUAGUGGCUGUCAAUGAGACAGCCACUAGAGGAUUAGGGGGAAGGCUUAACCCAUUCAUAAUUAUAGCAGUUUCUCUGAAACUGCUAUAAUUAUGAAAAAAUGGGUUAACCCUAGAAGGACCUGGCACCCAGACCACUUCAUUAAGCUGAAGUGGUCUGGGUGCCUAGAGUGGUCCUUUAAUAAAUAAAAUAACAGUCCCUCUUUUCCUGAUUUUGGAAUUCUGUCCCAUUAUCCCGCUUUAGUUUCCUGGUGUCACACUUCUGGGGAUAGCAGCGAACCUUCCCAAGGCAGCACUUUGUGGCGGGCACUAGGACUGGGUCCUGAAGGUUUGGGGCUGACCAGGCAGUGUGUCAGUGGGCAGGCCAGCCAUUUUCUCAAUGAGUCAUCCCAUUAUGGCCAUCACUAGUGAUGCAGGCUGUGGCCCUCUGUGGCCCGCCCUACUGUUCUAAUUCCGCAGGUCGGUAUGUCGGGAUGUAUGCAUGCCGCUUCAGUAGGCUCCUGCACUGAGUGAAACCUGGCCAAUCAGGGAGUUGCUCUUGGAUAAGAGCGCUCAGCUAAAACAUUAUAAUGUUUUGAUAGAUGCCUUGCAAAACAUAGGCUAAGAUAAAUAGAAAAAUUGUUUUAAAAAAACCUUCAAUCUGGGGUAAUCUGGAUUUUUAUUGUGACUAUUUACAGUUAUGCGGAGCUACAAAAUCCAUAGUCACUGCUUUGUGAACAAUGGCUUUUCAGUAGCUUUACAAGAGAUUUCCAAUGUACAGCUUACAAAUUGCAUUAUCCGUGGCAUUAUGAUUGAUAGGAUCUUACGAGAUAUGGGUCUCUUGUAUUAAAGGAGAGCAUCUCUUACCCAAUGAUCCAUACAAAAUCGGGUCAUUAAAAUGUUUAUCUGCCUGGCUGCGUAAUGCAAAGGAAACUUCAUUUCUGAUUUAUAAAUGGGAUUUAAACACAUUUUGUAUUCAUAUUAUUGUAUUUGUAAUAACUCUGAUGAAUUGCUGUGUCUGCAUCUCCUAUGAAUAUUGCCCAGAUAAAAGAUCAUCAGAGUUAACGCAUUUAUUGCCAUACCAAGCUUCUUUUAAAUAUUAUCUCAACUGAUUUCAAUUUAUAUUCCUGUUCCUGCACCGAAGGAGUGCGAGUAGCUGGUUUGCCAAUUUGGUACUGAAAUAUUAACCUUUUCGCUGACAGAAAACUGUGCUUGUUCCCAAGUCAAAUGAAUCAAACUGACUUUUUGGGGAAUAUUUUGGUUUGGGAAGAGGGGGGGGGGGUGGAGGGCAGAGUGCUGGAGUUCCUAAGGGAAACCCUCACACUGAGCCUAAAUUAGACUUUAUAGUUCUCUUUUCUGGGCAGCGCUCAUGUCUAUACCCUGAGGAAUACUCUGCCAAUCUUUUCAGCCCUUUUCCGCAUGCAUAUGGCUGAUCCAGCUCGAGACUGCUCUUUCUGAGGCCUACAGUGGCACCUGAGGACCGGGAGGCAGCCUAUUCCAAACCUUGUGCUGCAACUGGCAAGCUCUGAGCCCUGCCCCCCCGGACCGUGUGGGAUAUCCCGGUUCCCGCUAGUGUUCUGACACAUGCACCUCACCCGGUGUAGCGGAGAGCUGAUUUUCCACAGCUUAACUCCACUGGUGCAUUAGAAUAAUUCAGGAACAAGUAGUACAUCCAAUAGGGUAACAAACACAAUCACAAGGCAAUCCAAUAAUAUCCCAUCACCUCUCCCAAUAACUGGACGACACACAGUAUCAGGAGUAGAACUGAGGUUUAAUGACACAAUCCCUGCUUUUAUGUGAUUCUCCCAUGCAAUGGAGGCACCCACCAUAAUUAUUAUAGUAACCAAUCACAUAGAUGUUACCUCCCACACAUCUCCUCCCCUUAGCUUAACAGUUAACAUAAUUAUAAUAUGCAUACUUUUCCCCAAUUCUUGGAUGUACCCCAAAUAUGGUAGGUACACCUUUAAAUGUGGUACCCCCUGGUAGCCCUGAUCUGGGUGAGAAACAUAUUAAAAAAUCACCCAGAUCAGACCAGGGGUUCGGGAGUUAUGGGGAAUCAAAGAUUUGACCUACCGCACGGGCAAAAUAGCCGAAAAUAGUUCCAUGAGUUUUAGCCCUGCGGUCGGUCUCUGUUCGUGCAUAAAAAGUCCCAAAAGUAUCUGCCAUCCAGGGUUGGGUCAGCAUUCGGAUGAAUCCCCUGGUUCGUGGGAUUCAUCCUACCGAACGACGGGCUGUUCGUGAGUUCCAGUCGUCACUUUCUGAAGCUGAGUCGAGGCCUAUCACCCAAAAUGGCCACUACCCCAGACCCUGCUGCCAUGAGCACACCACCUACGUAUGUGGAACCAAUACUCCUGACAUUUUACCGCAUCUGCAAUCUAUUUUGGAUGAAGCUCUAUGGCAGGGGACUCACCUAACUUCCUGCAGAAUACCAGUGAUACUCCAGAGCAGACCUGCGGACUCUCGCCAAGUAUAUAUAUCUUUACCACAUGUUUCCAGACCAAGGCAAUACAAGCAACAGCAAAAGGUGCUGCAGUGGCGGCGAAUGGCUAUAAGACACCGGUUACAUGCCUGCCCACUACCGCUUACCUCUCCUGCAGAGGAACACGCCCCUUCACUCCUGGCAGGACCG